AUGCUGAGCAACACAAGGGAAGGAAAGGUUUCCAAUGAAAUGGAAGGACUGAUGGACAAAGUGAAGAUGCAAGACAUCUGCUUAGAAUGUCUAAAGAGUGCUUUGCCUUUUCGACCAGUCACCAAGCAUCGGUCGAAUGGCGUAGUGCCUCACCAGAGCUGGGUCUUACCUUGUAAUCCUAAAAAUCAUCUUCCUACCAACCACUGCGGAGUAACAAAAGCUUUAAUUACAGGUGGCGCGGGUUACUUAGGACAUAACCUUGGGUGCACAUUGAUCAAAUUAGGAGUGUCUGUUGUGCUGUUUGAUGUACAUGAGCCGGAAUGGGAAAUCCCAACUGGAGCUGUGUUCAUGAAGGUAAAAAUAUUUUUUAAAAUAGUAAAUACAAUAACCCACAACUACAUUUAUUCAUCUACUUUAUGUGAUGGGUCAAAAUGCACUCCUUUUAAGCAUAACACAUUAAUGGAACACUCAAUGCAGGGGUGACCACAACGUAGAUCCCCGAAUGAUUUUAAAACUACAACUCCCAUGAUGCUUUGUCAUUCUAAAAGCAGUCUUAAGGCAUGUAAAUCAUCAUGAUGUAGUUCCACAACAUCUAGGGAUCUACCUUUUGGGCAACCCGUCCCUAAAGCAUUUCAGCUUUAGUCAAGGUUUAGUUGUGUGAGUGCUAAUACUGAUUGUUUAGUUCCUUGGCACAAAGUGGAUUGUUAUAUCUUCUCACAGAGAAGUAUUUAAUUCUAUGCUUCUACAUAAGAAAAUAUUUCAUAACAUACGCUCCCAUUGUUUCUCCCAGUGGUCCGACCUUCUUUUCUGAUAAAGUUAAAGCGGAAAUUUCACAUCCACAAAAAAUAUAUAUUUAGACGCUAUUUAGACAGAAUUCACUUCAAGUUGAUGGUCUGAGUCCAUUUAUUCCAUCCAACCAUGGAUAGAACUGAUGUCACUAAUGCAGUAGUAGGAACUUUCAAAUUAGUGAAAACACAGUAGAGUCCCCACUACUAGACACCAGGGACCUUGGCCAGUUAAUUUUAUGUGUGUGUGUAGGCGGCCUCAUGUUCAAGUUUUGCCUAAGGCCUCACAAACUCUAAAGCAUUCUCUGGCUUCUGCUCUCAUUAUCGACAUUUAUGUUUUUUCGUUUUGGGCACCAAUACAACUUUCAUGCAUGUGAUAGGAUUUGGCCUCAUUAAUAUGCUGUAUUUUUGUGAGCUCAAAUAUUUGUUGUUUUUGCAAAAAAAAUCUAAUUGAAAACGUUUUUGUUAUUUUUUUUAUAAUUAAAUGCUUUACAUAAAUAAAUUAAAACUUCUGAAGCCGAGUGCAAGAAGAAACUUUCAUAGUGCAAUAUUUAUUGGUACAGGUUGUUAAAAUGAAUAAUUCGGCCCCCAAUGUACAGGGUACUCACAAAAUCUGUGCCACAAACUGACACUAGCUGUUCAGAAUGCUUCAUAAACUCAUGUAGAGUUAAAAUCCACCGCGAUCACCGGAACUUCUGAAAAUUUCCCCCUGGUGCUGCUUCCAACUAUGUACAAUAGCAAGUUCCAACACACAGGGUGUGGAGUCCUGGCAGAUACAAAACGGUGUAGUGGUGAUAGUUCAACUCCAGAGCGUUUCCUGGGUCUGCACCCACAGAACGUUGAUCAAUCACCCACAUCUUAAAUACUUGAAAUGAACCACUUAGUUGGUAAUUCGUUUGAUAAAACAGAUCUCACGUACAUUAUUGAUGGUUUUCGAUAGUGAAAUUAGUGAGUAUUUAUGUCAUAUUUUCCCUAUUUUGGGAUGACACUAAUUUUAUAAUUUGCAACACUUAGGAAAUAAAUUCAUGUCGGCCAACAAGGCACGUUUGAAACUCACUUUGAACGUGAAACAUGCAGAAGCAUGUGAACAAUAUACCCAAAGUAGUGCUCAGUGCAAUACAGAAAGUAGGUUAAUUGAUUCUUAUUUUUAUGAGCUAAACGAUUAUGAUUAUUUCGUCUCCCGUGCAUUCCUGUAAAGAAUGAACGGUCAACAUAUUAAAAUAAAAUCAGUUAAAGGAGCAGUAUGGACACCAAUACAACUUUAAUGUUUUGGCCCAAUUAGUAUGUUUUAUUUCUUUCCAUAUUGUUGCAAAAUGUUGCACCCUAAAUCUGUAUCAUUAGCCAAGACCCCCCAAAAAAGAGUUCUGUAUCAUUAUCAUUGGGCAGACUAGAUGGACCGAAUAGUUCUUAUCUGCCGUCACAUUCUAUGUUCCUAUUAUAUGUACACAGCUCGGCUACUAAUAACAGUGGGCUGGAAGCUGUUUCAUUUAAAGAUUUUCUGCUUCUAGAAGUGGUCAUGAUGGUAGGAGUCUGUGAUAUUUGCGCUUGUGUGCUGGGGACUAGUUACAACUCCAGCACAUGUGACUUUUGCAGCCAAAUGUCAUAACCGGUGUAUGUCGCCAUAUGGGCAGGAGGAGAUGGUUAAACCCUUUAAACACUUUCAAACCUAUUUCCCCUAUUCCCAAAAUAAUUCCAGACUACUCAGGGGUAUGGGUCAAUAUGUCCACAGCUUUAUUAAACAUUGUGCAUAUAUUAAACAUUUUAAAAGUCAUUGCCCUGCCUCCACCCAACCAUACGUCAACAUACGUAUCCCUUACCUCACCAACAAUAAUAGUAAUAAUAAUAAGGUAAUGACCCAUAUGUAAUAUAUACUUAUUAUAAUGUAACCACAAACAUACAUAACCAAAUAACAUAAUAUAUGCAUAUAUACACCAAAGAUAUUUACAAAAUGUAAUGCCUCCUGGUAGGGGAAAUACCCGGACACUACUACCCCACCAACAGGGCCAGAUUAAGAGCCCAGUGGGCCUGGUGCUGACAAUUAUGAUGGGCCUAAUUACAGAAUCUUAUCGACCAAAAACACUAAAACAGUCAUACCUCCCAAGCGUCAUGUAUUUUGAUGAGGAUGGUGCCUGAGGGAAACUCAUAGGAUUCAGCUAUAAGAAAACACACCUAUGCUAAUAUCGUGCUUUCAUCUUUCAAGUAAACCCAUACUCCCUAACAGUAAAGCAGGAAGUCUAUGGAUGGGGUAAAAGGGUGGGCCAUUGACACAAAUCACAUAACCAGAACUGCCGAAAGGGGCGAACAUACACAAAAAGGGGGCAUGUCUGUGUCCCCAUGUACCCCAGUGUCCCCUUGUCACUAGGACACUAGGGGACAUUGAGAGACAUGGAAACAUGGGGACACUGGGUGACUUUGAGACACGAGGGGACACUGGGAGACAUGGGGCACUGAGACACUAUAAUACAUAGGGGACACUUUAGACUUCAUAAAGACCUGGGUACAGGUCAAAACUUUGCAGUGUUCAAUAAACCUCCUUAAAUCUAUCACAGUGAGUGCCUGAGAUUAUUUUCUUUUAUACUAGGGGACACUGAGACACUUGGGGGCACUGUGAGACCAGGGCAUUCUGAGAGACUAGGGGACACUGAGACACUAAGGACACUGAGACACUACAAACACAGAGACACCAGGGACACUGGGAGACAUGGAGCACUAAGACACUCUGAUACAUAGGGGACAAUGUGCUACAAAGGGGACACUUGAUAAAGACCUGGGUACAGGUCGAAACAUUGCGGUGUCCAAUACACAUGCUUAACUCUAUCACAGAGUGCCUGAGAUUUUUUCUUUUAUACUAGGGGACACUGAGACACUAGGAGAUAUGGGGACACUGGGAGACUAGGAAACACUGAGACACUAGGGACACUGGCACACUAUGGACAUUGAGAGAAACCAGGGACACUGGGAGAUGUUGGGAUACUGAGAUACUAGGGACACUGGCUGGGAGACAUGGGACACAGUGUCCCAUGUCUCCCUGUGUCUUUCAGUGUCCCCAUGUCUCUCAGUGUCCCAUAGUGUCCCAGUGUCCCCAUGUCACCAAGUGUCCCCUAGUGUUUGUAUCCCCAUGUCUCCCAGUGACCCUUAGAGUCUAUAUCCCCAAGUCUCAAAGUGUUUUGAUGACACUAGGGGACACUUAGAGAUAUUAGGACACUGGGAGAGACUAGGGGACUCUAGGAGACUAGAGACACAGACACCAGGGACACUGAGAGACACCAAGGACACUGAGAGGCAUGGGGACACGGAGACAUGAGGGACACUGGCUGGGAGACAUGGGGAAACUGAGAGACUAGGGGCCACUGGGAGACAUGGGGCCACUGUGUCCUUAGUGUCUCAGGGUCCCCAUGUUCCCCAGUGUCCCUAUGUCUCCCAGUGUCCCAAUGUCUCAGCAUCCCCAAGUCUCUCACCAUCCCCAUGUCUCGCAGGCUCGGAGCUGCUGUCUGGACUCUCUGUGCAUAGCUGCUCCCCCAUGGAUCAUUGUGUAGAGAGAGGCAGGGAGGGAGAUGGUGUAACUUCUUAUCCCUGCCUCUCUCCACACAAACAGCCCCUACUGGCCGACGCUGGUAUUGCAGAAUAAUCUCUGUUUAUACUGAAACAACUAUUUGUAUUGCUGGUAUUACUGGAAAUACUUUUGAGAAAUACCUUGCAACCAUAAGAAAUACAUGAGAAAUACCUGGCAAACCAAAGAGUAGUGUGUAAAAAAAAACAAAAAACAUUUUUUAUUUUAUUUUUUUAAAUCAGUGGGCCUAUUUCAUGGGCCUGGUCCUGGAGCUGCAGCUCCAUCAGCCCCUAUGUUAAUCUGGCCCUGCCCACCACAUUUUCAUAUGAUUGAAUUGCCUCCUAAUAAGGGCAAAUCCGGAUACCCUUACCGCAUCCAAAUUCCAUGACCUGGAAUUGCCUCCUGGUAGGGGUAUACCCGGACACCCCUUCCCCACCAUGGUUCAAAGCCACCGCCCAGCUCGAACCCCCCAACUUAACCAACAUUAUAACUAGAGCUGAGCGAACCCGGACUGUAAAGUUGGGGUUCGUACCGAACAUUAAGUUUUUUGGACCCUGGAAUCAAACACGGACAUAUCACUGUAUGUUCGGGUUGGAGUUCGGUGUUCGGCGAUUUAAUGACGCAUUUUGAAAGGCUGCAGGGCAGCCAAUCAACAAGCGUUUGACUCGUGUGCCCUUAGAAGCCAUCACAGCCAUGCCUACUACUAAUGGCAUGGCUGUGAUUCGCCAGUGCAGCAUGUGACCCAGCCUCUAUAUAAGCUGGUUACUUAGUAUUAUUACAUUAUUCCCCUACUCGCUAUACCGCGAGUAGGGGCAUGUGUAUUAAACAGUGAGCAGCCUGUCUAUUAAACAGUGAGCGGCCCCCUCCUAAGCCCCCUCCCACAACGCGCGAGUGGGGGCUUUUAAACAAAAGGGGGGACCUAUUGCCCCCCCGGCCCCCACCCCUGAGCGGCGGGUGGGGGCACUAAAUAUCAAUAAGGGGGGGACCUACUGUCCUCCCCCGGCCCCCACCCCUGUGUGGAGGGUGGGGGCCCUAAAUAACAAUAAGAAGGGGGACCUACUGUUCUCCCCCCCUGGCCCCCACCGCUGAGCGGUGGAUGGGGGCCAUAAAUAAGAAUUUGGGGGGGGACCUACUGUCCUCCCGCCCUGGCCCCCAUCCCUGCGCGUCGGGUGGGGGCCCUAAAUAACAAUAACGGUGGGGGACCUACUGUCCUCCCCCCGGCCCCCACCCCUUAGCGGUGGGUGGGGGUCAUAAAUAAAAAUUUUGGGGGGGGAACCUACUGUUCUUCCCCCCGGCCCCCACCCCAGAGUGGUGAGUGGGGGCCAUAAAUAAGAAAUUGGGGGGACCUACUUUCCUCCCCCCUGGCCCCUGGCCCCCACCCCUGAGCGGUGGGUGGGGGCCAUAAAUAAAAAUUGGGCGGGGGGACCUAAUGUCCUCCCCCCGGACCCCACCCCUGAGCGGUGGGUGGGGGCCAUAAAUAAAAAUUGGGCGGGGGGACCUAAUUUCCUCCCCCCGGACCCCACCCCUGAGCGGCAGGUGGGGGUCCUAAAUAAAAAUUUACCCUCCCAGGUGAUUAGGGGUCAAAAAAACCCUAGUCACCCCCCUCCCCCCAAAAAACUUACCCCUACUUCCCCCCCUCAUCCUAAAAAUAAUGAUUGGCUGGAUUUCAAGCUAACCGAUCAGAGUGCUGUGUUCCAAAGAACUUUCCCACACUGUGUAAAAUGAUACAGAGCACUCUGAUUGAUUAGCUUGAAAUCCACCAAUCAGAGUGCUCUGUGUCAUUUUACACAGCGUGGGAAAGUUCUUUGGAAUUUUCCCACGCUGUGUAAUUUGACUCAUAACACUCUGAUUGGUUAUUUAAUCCACCAAUCAGAGUGCUCUGUGUCAUUUUACACAGUGCGGGAAAAUUCCAAAGAACUUUCCCACGCUGUGUAAAAUGAUACAGAGCACUCUGAUUGGUUAGCUUGAAAUCCAGCCAAUCAGAGUGCUCUGUGUCAUUUUGCACAGCGUGGGAAAGUUCUUUGGAAUUUUCCCACUUUGUGUAAUUUGACUCAUAACACUCUGAUUGGUUACUUAAUCCACCAAUCAGAGUGUUCUGUGCCAUUUAACACAGCGUGGGGAAAUUCCAAAGAACUUUCCCACGUGGGUAAAAUGACACAGAGCACUCUGAUUGGAUGGAUUUCAAGCUAACCAAUCAGAGUGCUCUGUGUCAUUUUACACAGCGUGGGAAAAUUCCAAAGAACUUUAUAAGCCUUCCCCUGCCCUGCAGAGCUCAGUCUGCGCGGAGCCUUCCAUGGGUGAAAAUGGAUUUAUUUAUUUUUUGCGCUCGUUUAUUUUUGUUUUGUUUUUUAAAGUGCGUCGGUUAUUCUGGAUUUAAAUUUUGACCUUUUUUAGGGCUGAAAAAAAAAGAGUUUAGAAGAAAGAAGACAUCAAAUGGUAAGUCUAUUUUUUUUUUUUUACAGGUAUUUAGAUAAGGGUCCCCCCUCAUUAUUUUUAGGAUGAGGGGGGUAGGUAGGGGUAUUUUUUGGGGGGGGAGGGGGGUGACAAUGGGUUUGGGGACCCCUAGUCACCUGGGGGGGUUAAAUUUUUAUUUAGGGCCCCCACCCGCCAUUUAGGGGUGGGGGCCGGAGGGAGGACAUUAGGUCCCCCCCUUAUUGUUAUUUAGGGUCCCCACCUGCCGCGCAGGAGUGGGGGCCGGGGGGAGGACAGUAAGUCCCCCCCCAAAUUCUUAUUUAUGGCCCCCACCCACCACUCAGAGGUGGGGGUCAGGGGGUGGACAGUAGGUCCCCCCCUUAUUGUUAUUUAGGGGCCCCACCCGCCGCUCAGGGGUGGGGAACGGGGUGAGGACAGUAGGUCACCCCCUCCACAUUCUUAUUUAGGGCCCCCACCCGUCGCACAGGGGUGGGGGCAAUAUUUUUUUGUUUGUUUUUUUGUUUUACAGUGAGCAGCCACUGGCAGACACGCCCCUACUCGUGGUAUAGCGAUUAGGGGAUGAAUUUACUAAUACUAAGUAUACCAUGGGAAUUAGGGAGUUAUCUACUAAGCGGCUGCUUAUUUUAUGUAUUUUAUGUUAUUUUAAGUGAUUUCCCUAUCCACAUUUGUUUGCAGGGCACUUGUCCUACUCUUCCCCCAUUUUACUUCCUUUUGCAGCCCUCUAGCCUUUUCCAGGACUUUUUUAGAGCCAUUUUGUGCCGAAAAAAAGUUCGGGGUCAAGUUCGAGCCUGAUCCCGGACUUUUUUUCAAAGUUCGACCGAACCCGCCGGACCCGAACAUCCAGGUGUCCGCUCAACUCUAAUUAUAACCAACAUUAUCACCAACAUUGUCACCAACCAACUGGAACCACUCGGCCCACAACAUCCUUAAUUCCUCUGUUGUUCCCCCCGUGACUAUUUAUUCCUGAAUAUCCCCCUAACUACCCCACUGCUGUGACCAAGCGGGGACAAAACACAACCUAAGGGAGGGAGGGAUCAGCUCCAUACUGUUAGGGAAGUUAAUGGUGACAGGAGCUAAAAUGGCAGGCCUAUUUAUCUAGACCGCACCUCCAGUCAAACUGUCAGACACACCCACCCGGUUCUCCCCCUAAGUCCGCCUUCAACCCCUGUCAAGGCCCUAUUCCACUUAUGCUGCUCAAGUUCCAUGGGGCUACAAUUCUGUGCUAAAAAAUGCAUGCUGGCAACGGAUGUAACUAUCUUUUUCCUAAAGAUAAAGGGAGACUACAGGUACCAGCCACUUCAUCUCCCUGAAGUGGUCUGGGUGAAUCACCCCUGUCUGCUUAACUUAGCAAUGUAAAACAUGCACUAUAUGCAUGAUAAAUGGUCUAAACAAAGGCUUCUCUAUAAGAAGCCUUUAAUUGGGCCUUGUGAUGAUUACCAUGGUGUCAAGCGGAAGGUGGAAAGCCUCGCCAGAAGCUUCGCCGGUGGUGUAUUUCAGGUACGUUUUAGUUUUUUUGAACAGCCUUAUAUCAGCAUUUAUGGGAGGAAUAAAGAAGUCUACUUCUUCCAGUGCAGGCUGCUUGGCUUCCAGCUCAUUUAGUACUGUUGGGGGCUUAGCUGUGUACAUACUCUGAUAAGGAAGUCUUUUUCUGGAAUGAGGGGGUGUGGCUAAUGAAACAGGCUUAUGGUUCAGCAUUCUGCAAUAUAUAUAAAUAUAUAUUUGUUUAGCUGUGCACAAACUGAAAAGAUUUGAGCAUGCAAGCAUGCAAACAAAAUACAGAAAAUAUAGCAUAUUAACGAGGCCAAAUCAUAUUAAAUAUCUUAAGGUUGUUUUAGGGCCUUGUGCGUGUCAAUAUAAUUAGCAUUGUUUUCAUAUGUUGACAGUUCUAUAUUUAUAUGAAUCCAUGUGAGAGAAAAUUCUUGUAGUAUUCCUAAUGUUUUAAUUAACGUUUUAAUUACUUUGUGUCCUAUUGAGCAAUGAUCACUAUGCAGUUUACAUGACUCAGCAUACGUAAACUUCAAUGUGAUUUCGAAACGUACCUUGUUGGUCAACAUGAUUUAACCAGCUAAUAUUCUAUAACAAGUGAUAAAGCAUAUCGAUAAAAAAUAAUAAAAAAAACUGUUGUAAAUAACUUUGUAUAUUCUCUCUGUAAACUUUCCAGGUUCAGUGUGAAAAGGUACAGAUUGAAAAGGGAAAUCCCUAUGUCCCACCUCAAUUAAAAUCUAAAUUUGCAUAAAAUCACCUCUUAUCUCUUGGUUAAUGAAAUUUAGGUUUGUGCAUCAUUACAAACGAGAUGUAUCUCAUGGUAGAAGUAUCACAGCUACGAGAACCUACAGAUGUAUGGGAAUCUAUAAGUGAUAAUAUUUUUGGGUGUCUAACUAAUCUGAGGUCCAAAACAACUGUUGCAAGUUCUACACACCUAGUAAAUAGUCCAGGGUCCUUUCAUCACAAACUUUUUUGACCAACAAUAUAACUAUAAUUUCCAAUUUUUUUGGCUAGUUGGUUGGUAAUAGUUUUUUUCUCUAACUGUCCUACACUUGGGCCAGUUCUUAUGUCUUCCUCAUAAUAUUUAUUUUCUUGUCAAGAAGAGCACGGCUGGCAAGGAGCCUGGGGCAGUUGCCCCCUGGGGGACCGGUAAAAAAAAUAAUUAUCGGCUGCUGCCUCACAGCACAGUACAAAAGUGGAUUAUGUAACUGUAUUGUUUCAUUAUUGUAGUUUUUGUAGUAUUAAUAUAAAAUGUAAUAUAAAAUUAAGAAAGUGAGUGAAAUGUGUUGGGGCAAUAUACUGGCUUUGGUCAGAUAUUGGGCUGUUUGCAUAACCCUUGAAAUCCUCAAACCCAAAACAAAUCUAAAAAAAAAAAAAAACACACAAAAAAAUAUUUUCUAUGGUACCUUUGUACUCUCUCUUUCCUUUUCGUCUUUAAUUUUAUCCAUACCCUCACACUUUCUUUCUGCUUAUUCAUCACACUCCUUGUUCAUAAGGAUUACAAAAUAUACAGUAACAUCUCCAAGUGUCUGUCAAAAAGGCAGAAAAAAUGCUAAUUGUAACUAGACUUGGUACAAAAUAACAAAAAAAGAUCCUACGCUAAGGUUUAAAAUAUGCCUUUUGAAAUACCCGGGGGUGUCUUCUUUAAGAAAUGGUAGGCCAUUGUGGGUUUUUUUAUGAACAGUUAAACUGUUAUAAUACCCCAAAUGGAAGCAUAGGCUCAUUAAAUCCAUCUCUCAAAAUUGUACUGUAAAUACUGAAAUGGAUAGGUCUCCUAUAUGGCACUGUAGCUUCACAAAAUAGUGCCAAAGACAUUCAUAUGGGGUGUCAUUUUACUCAGAAGACUUAGCUGAGCAUAAUUUGGGGGGUUUGAACUUAGUGUCACAUGUGAAAUAUACAAAAUGCCCAGCAAAAAUGCAAUCCAUAUGUAAAAAAAACGCACAAAAAUGUUUUUACCACAUACUUUGGCAUAUAUUGGUGAAAAAAUGGGGGCAUGUUAAGGCACAAUAUGCACCUUAUGAGAUACCCUGGAGUGUCUACUUUUACAAAUGGUAGGCCUUUGUGGGUUUUUUUUUAACAGUCAAACUGUUAUGAUACCCCAAAUGGAUGCAUAGGCUCAUUAAAUCCGUCUCUCAAAAUUCUACUGUGAAUACUGAAAAGGACAGGUCUCCUAUAUGGCACUGUAACUUCACGAAAUAGUGCCAGAAACAUACAAUGGGGGUGUCAUUUUAGUCAGCAAAUGUAACUGAACACAAAAUAAAACUUUGUACAAGAAUAGCACACAUCAACUUUACAAAAUAAACAUGAGAGUUUCUUUGUUAUAAGUUUGUGUGCCAAAAACAAAAAAAAACACAAUUGUACUCCAAUAUUUAGCAGAGGUUGGCGGUAAUAUGGCUACGUAGAAAGUGUCAAAACAACCUUAGGUAAAUAGCCAGUGAUGUCUACUUUAUAUAAAUAUAUACUUUUGUGUGGCAAUUUUGUUUUCUUUUAUGGCUAUUAAGCAUAGGCGUGCGCAGCCUAUUGCAUUAGGGUGUGCACCCUAAAGCACAAACACACGCCGCGCGCGUGUGUGUGUGUGUGUGUGUGUGUGUAUAUAUAUAUAUAUACAUAUAUAUAUAUAUUCACAGACACACACACUCACAGACACACACUCACACUCACAGAAACACACACACACUCACAGACACACACAUACUCACACACUCACAGACACACACACACACACUCACUGACACACACACUCACAGACACAUACUCACACACUCACAGACACACACUGACACACACUCACAGACUCACACACACAUACUCACACUCACAGACACACACUGACACACACACUGACACAUACUCACACACUCACAGACACAUACUCACACACUCACAGACACAUACUCACACACUCACAGACACACACUGACACACUCACUGACACACACACUCACAGACACACACACUCACACACACUCACACACACUGACACACACUCACAGACACACACUGACACACACACACUCACACACACUGACACAUACUCACACACUCACACACUUACAGACACACACUGACACACACUCACAGACACAUACUCACACACUCACAGACACACACUGACACACACAUACUCACACACUCUCAGACACAUACUCACACACUCACAGACACACACACUCACACUCAGACACACACAUACUCACACUCACAGACACACACUCACAGACACACACUCACACACACACACACACUCACUGACACACACACACACUGACACACUGACACAUACUCACACACUCACAGACACACACAAAUAAUUAUAUUUUAAUUUUUUUUUUUUAAAUGUCCACCCAGCCUCCUACCUGGAGUGCUGGUGGACUUGUCCCUGGGGUCCAGUGGGGGCGGGCGCCUCUCUGCAGCUCAGCGCUCGGCGAGGGAGCUCUCUGCUCUCUGUUCUCUGCUUCCUCUCGCCGCGCGGGCUGUCUGCUCGAGCUGGGAGCCGGAAUAUGACGUCAUAUUCCGGCUCCCGGCAUCAGCGCGCGGCGAGAGGAAGCAGAGAGCAGAGAGCUCCCUCGCCGCGGCUGAGCUGCAGGGUGGGGGGGAAUCAUCACCUCUUGCCCUCCCCAUGACAGGGGCAAGAGGUGAAACAGGGGACACUGAGUGCCUGCAGGAACAGCGUUCCUGCUCAAAAAAAGUGCAGGAACGCUGUUCCUGCAGGACUCAAACCAUAGGGGUGCGCACGGGGAUUAGGGUGUGCCCAGGCACACCCGGCACACCCCGUGCGCACGCCUAUGCUAUUAAGCUUACAAGACAAACAUACCAAAUUCUAAAAUCGCUCCACAUUAAAGGUUUAGUUUACUCCUUGUGCUUUGUGACCUGUAACUACCAAAAAAAACUUAAAAUCCCAGACACAUUAUAUAUUCUGUAAAUCAGAACAACUGAAUGAAUUUAUUUUUAAUUACUUUCUUUAACCUGCACUAAUUAUGCACACAUUAUUAUUGCAAAAACUGUAAAAAAAAACACAUUUUUCAUUUUGUUUGCAUUUUUCUGUAUUUUUUUUAAUAAUAAAUAAGCAUAUAUAUAUAUAUAUAUAUAUAUAUAUAUAUGUGUGUGUUAUAUCAAAUUAAAGCCCUUUCUGUCCUUUAAAAAACAGUAUAUAAUAUAUGUCGGUGCAAUAAAUGAGAGGUGCAAAUUGCUGUUGAACGCAAACAGCAAGAAAAUGCAAAAAUUGCUUCUGUCAUUAAGCGUAAGUCAAGCUUCUGAAGCUGUGUCCUUAAGGGGUUAAAAUGCCUGCAGUGACUGACUAUACUCACCAGAACAACUACAUUAGGAUGUAGUUGUUCAGGUGACUGUAGCGUCUUUUUAAGGGGUGCACCCAAGGAAAUUAAUUUAUAGAAAGCAAAUAUAUAUUGAAUAUGGAAUUAUAAGAUUUAUAUUUUUAUUUGUCAAACUCUACUAAUAAAACAUGUUUUAAAAAAUGGCAAAUAUUUUCUCUAGCAUUAACCAGAUUUAUUCAUAAAUAAAUAUAAUUUAUUUUAACUUUCUCUAGGUUAUGAGUAACUGAAGUAAAUAACUGAAUUAAAUUGCAGACAAGUUCUUAAAUUGAGAACACAAGUGAGCCCUCACACAAACCUGUAUACUGCACACUUUUCCUUUAAGACUAUCAAGCGCCCCUCCAGUAAAUGUCUAGUAAAUACUUACUGCUUGUUGCAAUUUAUUUGUCAUUUCAGAGUGACAUUAGAGACUAUGAUUCCUUGUACAAAGCCUGCGAAGGAGUCGACUGCGUGUUCCAUGUAGCUUCUAUUGGAAUGUCGGGAAUUCAUCAAGUGAGUGAAUCUAUAACCUUUUACUACAUAUAACCAUAUUGUCUGCAACAAAUUUAAAAUAUGGUAAUAUUUAAAGGAACGGUAUAGGGUCAAGAACACAAACAUAUAUUCCUGACCCUGUAGGGCUGAAAACACUAUCUAGCCCCCCUGACCCAUGUUUUCCCCCUUAAAUAUAGUAAAAUCUUACCUUUAUUCCAGUCUGCUGGCACUGGAUCUGCCUCUGAUCUGCCUCCUUGGCUGACAUCGUCAGAAGUGAUUGAAGCAAUGCAUCUCUAUGAGAAAAGUUUAGUGUCUCCAUGCAGAGGGUGAAGACACUGAAUGUCAGUCACACUGUGCAGCACUGCCCCAGGAAGCACCUCUAGCAGCCAUCUGAGGAGUGGCCAGUUGAGUUAUUCCUAGGCUGUAAUGUAAACACUGCAUUUUCUCUGAAAUGACUGUGUUUACUACAAAAAGCCUGAUGGGAAUGAUUAUAGUCACCAGAACAAAUAUAUUAAACUGUAAUUGUUCUGGUGACUAUAGUGUCCCUUUAAAUAUAAAUUCAUAGUGUAAAAAACACAUUUAAUUGUAAAAAUUAUUAAAUUUGUCUAUUUUACUGUUUUUCUCAUGUAUUUUUAUUGAACAUUUUAAGCUUAGUGCAGUAUUUCUGUACUGUAUGUGAGACAAUGGGUUUCCAAAAUUUUGUUACUUGUGCUUUUUCAGUGGAACUAUUCAAAGAUUUCAAGUGUUUUCCCUUUGUCUGUUUCCUUGCAACUGUCAGAACCAAUCUAAGAGCAUUAUUUACUAAAGCAGGCGAGGCAACCAUGGGCACUCCAGAUGUUGUGAACUACAUAUCCCAUAAUGCUCUUUCAGAAAGCAUGCUUGUGACGAACUGCUGGUACUCCGACUGAGUACCUCUGCCUCGCUUGCUGAGGACUCCGAACACUCCAACCGACACCAUCAGCACUGCUGACCCCACUUCCAGCGAUACAGCUGCGCUGGGGUCUCGCCGUCUCUGACCCACCCUGGAUCCACGACCAGGAUCCAGCUCCCAGUGGGUGAACCUCUCCUAAAUCCAGAGAGCGUAGCAGGAACAAAUCAAGCUCUCAUAAGAGCUUGCUCUGGGGAGUAAGUGAUAUAGCAAUCCCUAGAGUGUAGGUAUCCCUUCCCCCAAGAAUGAGCCAAGGCUUCAAGAAAGGUGCAAGUAGGUCUGGUUUAUUGAGGGCUACCUGCCUGGUAUUUAUGCAAGUGUCCACCAGGUGGACACUCCCCUAGGGGACCUGAUGGAACAAUGGGACACAUACUGGAUAUUAGCCAAUCACAGACAAUACAAACAAAACACUCAAACAGUGACAUCACAAUCCCUCCUUUCUAUCCUGGAGAUAAUUGGGAAGUAAUCAAAUAAUCUCCCAGGACAGAGGCAAGACUCCAGUAACCACAUGGUUACAAAAAGACAUAAAAUUACACAAUGUUACAAUUACUAUAUAAAACAUAUACAUGCAACAUAUCCCCGGAUAGCUUAGAUCUGAGCGCACAUUAUUACCGAAUGGCGCUCAGAUCACAUACAUAUAGUUCAAUCGCCAUGGAGCCAAAGUUUUUUCCAUAGUCUUUCGUUACAUGAGUAGGCUCCAUGGCAUAGCUAUCUGGGGUAGCACUACUCACAUACUGAAAGUCCUGGCAGAAAUACACAAAUAAACCUUUCUGCAGGGUAAAAUACAGCUAUCAGCACAGGGGCCAUAGUCGGAAGGCAGGAGGCUAGCCAGUAGUCCCCUCCAGGCACAAGUGGUGAAGGGCACUUCGUCACAAUGAUGGCAAAGCAUCAGAGAAGUUUUCGACCCAUGUACUAAAUAGUGUGAAUUAUCAUGAAUUAAAACUGAAUGCAAAGUGUUUUUUAGUUGGAUAAAAAAAAUAAUUCAGUUUAGCUAUAUUGGCCUAAAAUUUAAAAUUCACUUUGAACUCAAUGUGCCAAUCCAGUACAAUGUUCAUUAACUUUUGAUUUUGGAAGCUCUUAGCAAACAAAUAUGUGGUUAGCCCUAAAUUGUGUGCUACGUUAAUCAGCAAUUUGUUUGGCAGAGUCAUGAUGAAAGGAAUGGGCCGAAUGAAAAUAAUUUCUCCUGCUUUGACAACAGAGCAAAUUCUACCCAUCUAUGAAAUAUCAUUUUUGGAGCCUUUAGUUGCCCCCUGGGGUGAAUACAUGGCCAGAUUAACAGAGGGGCUAAUAGAGCUGAAGCUCUGCCCACGCACAUGGAAUAGGCCCAUUGAUAAAAAUAAAUAUUCAUAUAUUUAUUACUACCCUUAACAUGUUCUUAUUUGUGCAGAGGAAAUUAAGUAUGUGAACUUAGGAGGGAUGCAGGAGGGACAAAACGUGUGGCCUGGCUGAGUAUACAUUAGUUAAAGGACCACUAUAGUGCCAGGAAAACAUACUAGUUUUCCUGGCACUAUAGUGCCCUGAGGGUACCCUCACCCUCAGGGGCCCCCUCCCGCCCGGCUCUGGAAAGGGGAAAAGGGGUAAAACUUACCUUUUUCCAGUGCUGGGCGGGGAGCUCUCCUCCUCCGAUCCUCCUCUUCUCCUCCUCCUGGGCUGAAUGCGCACGCGCGGAAAGAGCUGCGCGCGCAUUCAGCCAGUCACAUAGAAAAGCAUUCAUAAUGCUUUCCUAUGGACGCUUGCGUGCUCUCACUGUGAAAAUCACAGUGAGAAGCACGCAAGCGCCUCUAGUGGCUGUCAAUAAGACAGCCACUAGAGGAUUAGGGGGAAGGCUUAACCCAUUCAUAAACAUAGCAGUUUCUCAGAAACUGCUAUGUUUAUGAAAAAAUGGGUUAACCCUAGCUGGACCUGGCACCCAGACCACUUCAUUAAGCUGAAGUGGUCUGGGUGCCUAGAAUGGUCCUUUAAGGUAAAGCUGACUUUGCGCACUAUGUCAAUGUUUUUGCUGCUUCGGUCUCUCUAACACAGUGGCAUGUCCCCUUUCUGCUACACUCACUGCAUCCACGUUUUUGUCUGUCCCAGGCUGCAGACUUGGAGAUUCUGCCUGCUAGUAAGAAGGGAGAGGAGUGGACAAGUGAGGAAUCGGGGGCAGCAGGUAUCUCUCCCCAGAGUGCACGCUCAACAUUAGACAUGGCUGGCUGGCCUACAUUAUUGGCAGGCAGCCUGGUAUGCAUUGAUGUCAGACUCACAUUCCAAAUCUUUGGGCAGACCCCCUUUCCAGGCAAUCAAGCCUUUUGGGCGGUGCUUCUGACAUGAUUCAAGUCAAUGACCCACCUUCUUUUAGCCUGCUCAAAGAGAAUUUUCAAAAGUGACCUUUAAUUUGAAAUUCGUUUAUAAAAAUAACCCUGUGAGUUUAGAGAAUAAGAACUCAAUGGAACAUGUGUAGCCAUAAACAUCUGUGAUAAUGAACAGAACAUAGCAUGAAUUUUAGCCGAACAAACAAAUAUUUUGGUGUCAAGAUAACUAUAGCAUAUAUCCACACUUUCUUUCAGAAGCAAUGGAUUGAGUCAAUAAACAUUGGAGGAACAAAAGUCGUCAUUGACGGUACGUAUAAUGUUUUAUGUAUGUAUUGUGUAUGUAAAUAUAACGUAUAUAUUGAGUAUGCGUAUUUUGUUUAAGCAUGUGCAUAUAUAUUGUGUAUAUGUGUAUUAUCCUCAUUAAAGAAUGUGUAGAGACUAGGUGUAGUCAACCUUCGGCACUCUAGAUAUUGUGGACUACAUCCCCCAUGAUUCUUUGUCAGCAUUGUGGCUGUAGGAACAUUACAGGAGAUGUAGUCCACAACUUCUGAAGUGACAAAGGUGCCCAUAUCCCUGGCGUAGAGUAACAAACUUUAGAUGCGAUGUUGUGGCAUGCAAUUUAAUGCUAUAUCAAAAUGAAAAGACAUGGUUGAUUAAAUAUAUUUAGUGAUCUCAUAUACCCAAAUCUACAGCUCUCCACUGUCUAUUUAAGAAUCAAAUUUAUUUAUAUCCCGAAGUAAAAAUUAUUUGGAAUUUUCUUAACAAUUAUGUACAUUAUGUAAGAUUAUGUAAUCUGUCAAAUCAGAGGCUGUAUUAAAAUCACACUCCAGUUAUUAUCAUAAUAAUAAGAAUUAGGAUUUACUUCAUUAAAAUAAUUGUAUUAACUAUGCAAUGAGCAUGGUAAUUUACCUUGAAAAUUAUUAUUAUUAAUUUUACUAGCAUUUAUAAAGUGUCAACAUAUUCUGCAGUGCUGUUGUAUAUUUGGGGGAGGGGAAGGGACAGUUCAGCGUACACAGACCAAUACACAAAAUAAAGAGGGCCCCCUUUGAAGCUCUUUUGUACAAACCGCCUUGUUAGAUAGUCCAUGUCCUUUGGUAUGUAAAUUCCUUAAACAGUCAAUCAAUAAAUAAAGGUAUAGCUUAUAGAGUGAGCAAUUAAAGGGAUACUCUAACCUUCAACACAACUGUAACUUAAAGGACCACUAUAGUGCCAGGAAACAUACUCGUAUUAUUAUACUAUAUGGGUUAUAUAAGCUCUAUCUAUACCCCCCUUAGUUGCAAGAUCCAUUUAAUGGUUCAUACAGACUGUUUAUUUUUUGUGCAACUAUUUGCAACAUACUUUCUACAUACAGUCCUCAAUCAACGUUAUAAAUUGGCUUGGUCCUAUCUUUUAACAUUUGGUUUUUUUUUUUAUUAUUUAUUAUCACUACUAUUCUUUGUGUGUUUUUCACCUAGUUAGUACACAGUUAUAUUUACUUUUUUUCCCUUUUGUUCCUUAUGAGAGACUAAUAAAGAUUAUAUAGUUCUACUUUUUGCUCUUUACUCAGGCACUGUCCAUUUACUCUACUUAGAGCAGUCUUUUCUUCAAGGAUACCAGGCCUAAUGGGGGGCUGGUUUAUUCAAUCAGCCACAUUAUAGUCCUUCUCUCUUCAGAUGCCACAUAACAUCCCCACCAGAAGUCACCAUCACUGGGAGCAUAAGACUGACACUUCAUGUAGGUCCCUGGUUAACUUUUAUCUUUAAGUCAUCCUGUGCCCAUUAUAGGUGUAGUGUUUGUAUCGUAAUGUUAUUUUGGGGAGUGUUAUUUGGGGGAUAUUGUGUUAUCCCCUGUCUGGUUGUGGGGCCAAUGCAGCACCACCUGUUGGUUACAAUAAUUAUGUGCACUACCUGAAUAGCAAGACUAGUAAAUUUGCGUAUCUGGUAGAUUUGCAUAUUAUGGUUUAUGCAGGCAGUGGAUGUAUUUCUUGUCAUUCUUUGUCUUCCCUACCCCUUUAUAAAUAUUGUAUUGUAUUAUUAUGAGUGCCGGUAUGAUUCCGCAUAUGAUUUUGUUAUAUGUAUUGGAUUGAGUGUGUCACCAUAAGUUUAAUGUAAUGUGGAUAAGGGCUAGUCCUGAGUAAAAAAUAAAAAUAAAGUAUUGGGUGUUAGUUCCAUUGGGAACGCUGUGUCCUGUUUUAUAUGUUCAGGGAAUCCAGUAGUAAAUUGGAUCUGCUGCACUAUUCUCUGGUCAAAGAGACGUAUCAGUAAAGUACUAGGCCUCAGAGUAACAAAUGAGAUGUAAAUGAGAUGUUGGAAGCAAAGCAGGCAGAGGGGUUGAUACCUGUCUGGGAGAUGUAGCACGGGCAGAGGGGUCAAUACCGGCCUGGGAGAAGAUGGAAGGUGGAUACCUGGAAGGACAAUACUUUCCAGAGGCCUGCCCAGUUGGGGUAGCUGUAGCUGCUGGCUUCACCCCCCGGUCUCGGUAGCGUUCUUCAUUGGCAGACCCACAUUCCCAGUGGCAGUCGCACCUCCCUGCUGUCUGUCACCCGGGGCCCUAGCCACACCUCCACUGGCUGAUACUCACACAGCUUUCCAACACACUUCCUGAAACAAAACCUGGAAUUUGUGAUUUAAGGGUUUCUCUUUAAGUGUCCAGAUACAUAUUGUAUGGUGAGGGAUUUUAAAGGACAGAAUUUGCUUUAAUUUAAUAUCAUAUCUGUAUGCCUAGCACAACAUUAAAUGUGAAUAAAAUGUUAAAAAUGGGGGGAACGGGAGGAGACAGAUACUUUUGUUCACAUUUUUGUUUAUAAUCAUUUUUAUACAUCCAAUGCAACUAAAUAAAAAAACUCCAAAUAGAGUCAUACAUCAGUCCUGAUUGUUAAAUUCCUCAUAUGUCUAGGUUCUAAAUUAAUAUCUGGUAUUUAUUACUAGCUCUAUACCAACCACUCUCUAACGCUACACCAACCAUAUCCCUAAUGCUAUACCAAACAUACCCCUUAUCCUAACCUUAUCCUAACUUUAACCAUAUGCCUAGCCUAACCUUACCUAUACAUUUAACCCUACAUGUUCCCUAACACUAAAGAGUAUAACCUAACCCAAACUCUACAGCUAACCCUACCAUAACACUAACUCUGACCCUACCCUUACCCUAAAUCUAACCCUAAGAUUAGCACUAACCAUAACCCAAAGGAAAACACCUGCUAAUAUCAGUUCUGAUAUGAGCAGAUAGACUUUCUACUUAAGUUUUAAACAUUUGUAUUAGUAUUUUUCAGGAGGUUGAACAGACUAAUGAAAAAUUAUUUUAGCUAAGCAGAUAUAAAAAAGAACAUGAACAUGUCAUGUUGUUAGUUUAGAAUGGGAUCAUCAAACUUCUUGCACAGUAACAACCCACAAUACAAGGACCGUGUAUAAUUCCAUGAAUAAACACAACAUAGAGCAAAACUAAUAGCCUGUAGUUAAAAUAAUAGGUCUAAAACCUUUUUAUGCCAUAGCCAACCAUGCAUUUUUCAUAAGGCGGGUAGGGAGAGAUCAAAUAGACAUUAGAGAAAACCCCUACAGAGAUGUGAAGAGGAGAGGAGUGUCCUGGAUUGGUAGUAACUGUGCGAGCAGGAACUGCAAUCUGAAUUUUAAAUAAUAGUGAUUGAAUUUUUAUUCAGUACAAUUUAAUGCAGCUUGCCAAUUCGUACAUUGAAAAGUACUAUGAAAAAUGUGUUUCUUUUAAGGACCUAGGCCCUAGAUCUUGAAAAGAAAAAAAAUUCCAUAGUACUUUUAAUGGUUGCCAGAUCUGAAAGAGACUCAUUGUCAACCAUUCUUUAUGAUUCUGAAUUUCCAACUGAUCCCUAUGAAAAGUAUGUUGUAAUUUGGUACAAAAUAUGGUAGAUUGGUGGAGAGGUACUCUGAAUUCAAUGGUGUAGGAUAGUUAUCCGGGCUACCGCAGCUAUAACUAAAAGUAGUUUAGAUAUAGCAGAUGGGCUGCUAGUGAAUAUUCCCAAGAUCACCAGUUCCCCCAAAAGGAGAAAUUAAAUAUGGUUUUCCUAUUAAAAACAGUAGACUGUGGUAUGUGACUGCCAUCUACUGGCUGUUUUCAUAAUUACAUUCAAUGCUUACAGCCAAGCACUGAUCACAGUUGGCUGAGGACAAGCAAGAAGACCAUGUCUGGGUGGUCUCCAUGAAGCAGACUGUAGCCCAGAAACACUGACUGAGUGUGAUUACACAGCCGCAGUGUUCUGGUCGGAAUUAAAAGGCUCUAGGCAACUCUAACGGAGAUUCUGUACUCCGACCGAGUACCUCCACUCAGCCUUUUGGGCGGGAGCCUGGAAUGCUUCAGCCCCAGUCGCCGAAGCUUGAGUGGGAUCUCUCCGGAACUCUUACACCCGACCAGACUCUUCUUCUAGGCAGGUAUCGUCCCCUCUGCCUAUUUCUCUGCAGCUUUGCUUUCAGGUAGGUAUCGUCUCCUCUGUCUAUUCCUCUUCAGCUCUGCAUAUAGUGAUUGCUCCUAUCUUUACAAAGACACUUGCAGCUCUCAAGCCUAUCAAUCUUGAUUUGUCCCUGGCCUAGAGGGAUCGUGCAGCCAACCAACAGGUUCAAAGACUCAGUUACUGGGAUCCCUAAAAAUCCACACAGAACACGCAGUUCUAAAAGGAACUAACAUGCUCAGCUUUAUUUUUACUCAGGACUAGCCCAUGUACUCAUUACAUAUAGAUUACUUUGACAACUCAGUAAAAAUACAAACAACCAUAUCACAUUAAAGAACAUACAGGAACUUAACAUAAUGACAUAUUUAUAAAGGGUUGGGAAGACAAUAAUUACCACAAAAUAUCUCUCCUGCCUGCAGAAUAAGCAAUAUGCAAAUCUACCUGAAUAUGCAAAUUAACAAAUCUUGCUAUUCAGGUAGUGCAUAGAGCUGGUGCUACCAACAGAGGGUGCUCUACAGGCUCCAAAUCCACCUAGUUGGCAGCAAGCAUUAGCAGGAUAGGAGAGCGCACAAAACAACUGACAAUACACAAAUACAUAUACACCCCCUGAACCUAUAAUGGGCACAGAGUGACUUAGACAUAGGAGUAGUCGAGGGUCCUACAUAAAGUGUUCAUCUGUAACUCAUGGUGAUGGUGACUACCGUUACAUCUGCAUACAGCUCAUCGGCCUGUCUGGGGCCACUAAACAUGGCCUCAGCUGACAGAGGAGAGCAUCAGGUAUCAAUCGAUACCUGGUACUCCGUCGUGUUAGCAGGAAUUUAACCUUGUCAACACCAAAAUAUUCCAUGCCAUCCUUAAAGUCCACUCUGUGUAGGACAGCAAGGAAUGCCCUACUGUCGGGAAGAUGCUCAUUUAGAUUUUUUUUUAUUAGCUUGCUAGAGCUUACAACAGCCUUGUGUGUGUGCCUAAAGCUCAAUUAACAUAGCAGAAGAUAAGAAUUUCUAGAUAAGAACUUAGAACUUCUAAAAUAAAUGCACUGUGUUGUAAGAUCUGAUUAAAAAUAUAACCUUUUUUUAUGGGGUAUGUGUGAGUCGCAGCCAGGGGAGUUGUCCCUGGGGCUACAUAAGCAGAACCAAAAGUGAUUCAGCCAUGUAUGUGCACCAACAGUUAUUCUCUAUUGUCUUCCAUUCUUCUUUGCAGGGACUUAAGCAGGGAAGACCAUAGAGACUAACUGUCUUUAAACACUGUCCAACCAAAGGUGCAUGUGUCUAGCGAAGGGUGCAUAAUUCAUUGUUGCACAAUAGAAUAUUAAUGUAAUUUGUGUUGUGCAUGUAUGAAUUGACCAUUUGGUAAGGAUCAGAUGACAGAAGGGGUAGUGUGAAUUGCAUAGGAAUGUGAAAGGGAACAGAUGGUUUACCAUAUGCAUUGAUCCUUUGAAUAAUCAAUAGUUCUGUAAGGUGUGAGAAGUCACACAAAAGUGGCCUGGAAGUCUAGCUCCAAUGUAAACUAGCUAACUUCAGCCAUAUGGCAUCUACCUUUUAAUUGAUGAAUGAGUGGAUUUCUUUGAUAUGUUAAUGAUCAUUAGCUCUCAAGAAAAGAGAAAAAAAACAAGCCUUGUUUUCCAGUAUCAUAUCUAAAAGAAAGAAACAAUAAUAUUUACCCACAGAAUAAUAAUUGAACCUCAUUUUUGUAAUAUUUGGAAUGUGACCAGCACAAUUUUCUAAUCAAGCCCGAGUUGCGUAACUUAACCAUAGGGGAAGGGAUUGUGAUGUUCGCUAUAUUGGGUCACAAGUAAGAAGUGUAACAUAUCUAUGGAAUGGAGAAAUGGUAACCAAUUCAUAGAUGCAAUUAUUAUUUCUGUGGCAUAGAGGAGAUAGAACCAAAUGUUUCCAUUUGGAUUGAUGUUGGUCUGGAACACAAGGGGGUGGUCAAUUAUAGUUACUAUAGGUAUACCUUAACUAUAUCCCUAAGUGACCAUUGAUAAUCCACAGGGUAUAUCUCUAAUGAUACUGAAGUGUGCAUUGUACUUGCUUGAGGCCAUCUGAAGGGCUACAAGCAGAAAGGGGACACCCGGGCAAACUACUCGCUACCUGACUCACCUUUAUCACCGCCCAGGAACCGGGAAUAAUCCACUGAGGCCUACCGAGGCAGCCGCUUUCCUCGCUCGCAAACUUGCACAGGGACCCCUCAGCUCUCCUAUCUCCUACCCCCCCCACCCCUUUGGACCGGUGGGGGAUAUCCCAGUCUACACUGGGUGUUUGGAGCAACCUACUCGGGGUGAGUUUUCAGCCUCGAACACCACACACGUGGCAAAGCCCUCUCACGGCGCACUCAAGAUGGCGGCUGCUGACUCACCUUAUACUCACAGCCUACUUCCAAGCCAAAGGACUCAACAAGGUGCUGUCACUGACUCCCUGCAGCACUUAAAGGCAAUAUUUAUCUGGAAGCGUGUACAGGCUGCCAGGACCAAGCCACCAGACAAGCCAGUCAUGGGUAGGCAAGGCCGCACGCAGCGUGGGGCGAAGUGGUCAGCCCCGGGCACAGCACCCAUUUAUCCAACCAUCCUCACUCUUCAUAGCCCACCCGGGCUGAAGGCCACAAUAGCUGGGACCCAGAAGCAUCACCCACACCUGCGGAGGCGCCAGCGCUGUAAGCACAAGCAGACCACCAGGCCUUCCAGAACUCCCACAAGUGGAGGAAACUCGGACUCUGGAAGUCACUGAGAUUGUGGCAUCGAGAUGCAGGCAUCUACACCAGCCUGGGGCUGGAGGGAUACCCUCACCUGCACCCAUGUAGCAGCAGCCCUCCGAGAUCCACGAGCGGGCUCCAAUUGUUUCCCAGCAGAGGGAGUCAGUUGACAGAGACAGUCACACGCAUACUAUCCCGUGUCUCCAGUGCUCUCUUCACCAUACCCAUGUGCACCUUACACAGAUAUGUGGACUCACUUACUCAUGACAGCUACACUCAUGACAGCUACACUUGAGGCUUUUCCUAGCACUCCAGACUGUUUAGCGUAGUCUGAUAUGGUUCGAUGUUUGUGAUUUUCUGUUUACCCCCACACGAUAGACACACUCUCAUGCACACAUAUGGAAUUAUGUGUCUCGUCCAACCUAACUGCCUAAAUAAUGUUCUUGGCCUGUACUCAGCAUGUUUGCCCAAACAAUCUCUAAUUUUAGUAAACAGGGCCACAUAAUCUAUUGUAUCCUGCAGUCUAAAAUGUGUGAUCUCGUUCAAUGUCCUGCUACUGAUACCAGCAUGUUUUCAUAUAUUAACCCUUUCUUGACAACAAUCAUCUUUAUUAUCGUGUUAUAGUAUUUACAAAAUUGUGCAAAUGUAUCUGAUACCAUGCCACUGUUUAUUCUAACUGCCACUACUGUCUUGGUAUCGCAGGCAUGAUUGUUAUUACGUGCACUACAAAAAUAAAUAAUUUAGAAAAAUUUAAAAAAUAUAUAUAUUUAUAUUAUUAUGCUUAAGUGUGAAAGGUGUUAAGGGGGAUUUUAUCCUUAUUUCUAGUCUAGUGCAGAAAAAUAGUGAACUUUAACCCUUUCACCAGCACAACUACGUCACGCACACUCUUGAAGUAGGAUGCGUUCGUGACAAAUUGGUGUUAGAAGUGGGAUAACUAAAAGCUUUUUUCAUCUUUUUGCACCAGAUUUUAGUGUUGCUGGAUUUGUUCGUUAACCCCUUAAGGACACAUGAUGGAAAUAUUCCGUCAUGAUUCCCUUUCAUUCCAAAAGUUGUGUCCUUAAGGGUUUAAUCCACACACUAAAAGAAAUUGUGUCUCAAUUUCCAAAGGCUGAGGUUGAUAUAUAUAUAUUUUACACCUCAACAGCCCCACCCUCCUCACUGUUUUUUCUUUGCUAUCUUUUAUUUACUAAAAGGAGUACCAGGCACAGUACAAGGCAGUGCUAGACCAGCUUUGCCGGGAGAGAUCUAUUUCCUAUCGGUGAAAAACAAAAGAGGAACUAUUACAAGCAUUGGUGGACUAUGAUAUACAACAGGCAGUGCAAAGUGAUGCCUCAAACACUGCAGAGGAGAUACCUGCAGCUUUUAUCCGUGAUGUGCCGAGAUCCGCAGAUCCCUUGGAUUCUUACUUGCAAACUGUGUUUAAAUAUGUGGACUCAGCAGACUCAAACCAAAUACUUCAACGUAUCAUUAAGUAUCAGGAGGCGGAGAGAGAGAGCCUGCUGAGCGCCAAGCCAAGAGGGAGGCUGCUGAGCACCAAUCUGAGAGGGAGCACCAAGCUGAGUUCCAGGCUGAGAGAGAAGCUACGGAGCUCCAACCUGCCAGAGAGCAUGAGCUAAAAAUGGCCAAGUUGGAGAGGUUGACUGCCUCCCCUAUAAGUACUAAUUCAUUAGACUCUUCUGCACCCAGACCACGUCCAACUUUGGUUAAAGAUGGUUUUCUGGAUAUUUUCCUGCAAAGUUUUGAAAAGGUUUGCAGGCAGUACCAGCUACCAAAGGACCCGUGGGCAAAGUACCUCACCCCUGGUCUCAGAGGUCCUGCACUGGAAGCAUUUGCUGAGCUUCCAGCAGAGUCUGACCAGGACUAUGAUACGAUUAAGGCUGCCUUGCAGAGAUGGUACAACGUUACUCCUGAGGUGUACCAAAAGAAAUUCAGGACUUUUCAGAAGCAUUCCACAGAAAGUUAUGCAGCAGUUGUAGAACACCUGGCAACAGCAUUCCGGCAGUGGACUCGAGUGCUGGAGAUCAAAAGCCUGGCUAAAUGAUCUUGUAAGGAUAAGUUUUUUUACUUUCCUUAUUUUAUAUACUUCAUUUAAAAAAUUCUAUUUGCUUUUGAAACUUGACAAAAGGAUUACUAUGUUAAAUUUAUUUUUUUAGGUGACAGUUGUCUUUUAACUCCUAAAUGGCAGACAAUUAAGCAGUGAUAUUGCUGGGGCAUGAUCUAUACACCAGAAUGCUUUAUUAUGCUAAAGUUGCUUUUGUGCGUAGAAUAUCUCUUUAAGAAAAUGGACAAGAAAUGGGCAAAUGUGAUUAAAAAGAAAUGGUCAAUUUGGAUAGGGCUAAUGUUUAACCCUGCCCAUUGUUCUCUCAAAACAGCUCUUAAAAUGUGGAGCAUUAGGCAACUGACUUUUGGCUACUAGGGAAAUAAGUCCUGGCCACGAUAUAGGCUGAAGAGGGAUCUGUAUGUUCAGUUAUAUAGAAAAAUGUAUUCCCAAAAUGUAACUAUAUAAACACCAACUGCAUUCUGUUUAACAAUAGCUUCCAUUUUAUAUACCAUGCUUUUUAGAGUAGGUAAAUAAAAAAUAUAUGAUCAUAUAGAGCAAGCUCUAAUGUCGGGUUUCUUUCUCCUGCUGCUAUACAAUGAUGCCCUGUUUCUGUUAUUAGUGGGCUGGUCUAAGACCGAGAUAGGUUUUAAGGGUAGGGGGAAGGGUUUGGAAAAAAAAAAAAACUCCCCUAGAUAAGAGGCUUGCCUAGCAAUGCAAUAUGACCAAGUUUAUAGUAAGUUUAUAAACAUGUAUAACAUUAUUUUCAAAGUUUUUCUUCCUAUAUUUUUUACUGGUUCUUGUUUAAGUCCCCUGGUGCUAUCUUUUCUGAUUGUUCUUCCUGGUAUUUCAUGUCCCUUUUAAUGUAUGUUUUGAUUUUUGCAGUAUGUAUUCAGAGAAGUAUACCCAGCUUAAUUUACACUAGUUCUGUUAAUGUGGCUUUUUCUGGCAACUGUAUAGUGGAUGGUGAUGAGGAAACUGUGCCUUAUAUACCGCUGGAUAAGGUAAUCAUCAUUUAAAAUAAACUGUCCUAAAUAAAAUGGUCUUAUUUUAUGAAAUAAAUGUUUUCCUAAAAUUCUAUUGACGAAAUGUCCUGCCUAGUAAAUGCUGUUGAAACAAACAUUUCCAGCAUAACAACUUCAUCAAAAUUGGGUUGUUAUGAUGCCAGGAGGUCCCUGGCACUGAUUCACCUUUAGGAGUUAAAUCAUUUUCGAACAGUUUAACUCCAAAGUCUGUUUUCCAGCGCUGAAUCUCACUGCCUCUACAUCCAUCCAUUUUCUCAAAAUCUUUAAACCAGAAGACUUCUGCAGAAUGGGGCAGCGGCACCACUGGCUGGCUGAGAUCGGUCAUCUGACACUCUCAGCCAAUCAUUGACUUCCGAUUCAUAAAACUGGUUUUAAAAAGGCACAUUUCUUUUCAUGCCAGUUUUAUGAAUGGUGAGUCACUGACUGGCUGAGAGUGUCAGUUGACCGAUCUCAGCCAGCCAGUCAGAGGCACGCUGCCUGGAACACAAAUUUUGUGGUUAAAGUGUUCCAGAAUGGUUCAAGAACGGUUUAACCCCUAAGGGUAAGCCAGUGCCAUGGACCUCCUGGCACCAUAACAACUUCAUGUUGAUGAAGUUGUUAUGGUGCCCACACUGGUCCCUUAAUAAAUAGGGUCCUCCAUGUGUUCUUAAAGAUAACUUAUUAUUUCAGGAUGUUAUUAUUGAAAUUAUUAUAUAAUUAUAUUAGGAAUUUUGAUACACAGUAAUCCUAACUCCAAAGUUUGUUUUCCUUACACGGUGACAGGCAGAAUACGCUACAGCACACCAUUUUCUCAAAAAAACGCUUGAGCUUUGUCAACCUAGUGCCUACCUUCCCUCCGCACAGACAAAAGCGCUUUACCAGAUCAAUGCAACCUAAUGGGAUCACGCCAAUGAUUGACUUCCGCAUACUCAUACUAAACCUGUCCUGGUUUUAAUUCAAAUGGUGUACUGCAUCGUAUUCUACGCUUUUCAUGCCAGUUUUAAGAAUCAGGAACAUGUGAGAGUGGCCACUGGACUAACAUCUGCUCUUCUGAAAUUUCCACAGCGUCAAGCUUGACCUUGGAUCACAGCCCAGCCAGCCAUUAAACUAUGGCACGCUGUAACUGCAGAACUAUAGUCCCAGUACAACUUAGUUCUGGUGAGUUAUGUUUUCUGAAGAUGCUGACAGGGGAAUGGUUUCAAAGAUUGUGUGGUAUUCAGCCAAGCAGGCACAUCACAGACUGCAAUAAAAGUAAUAUUUUACAUUAAGGGGGCAACCAUUGGCACCUGCCUCCUAUAGUCCUAGGAUAUAACAAUUCUGCAAUCCACACUUGAGUAAUGAUGUUUGAAUUUUGAAUGUUACUAAAUGAUUCUCAUCUCUCCAUUAAAGCUGGACUGUUAGCCAAUGGAUUUACUAAAUUUGUAUUUGAUAUACCAUGGCAUUGUUCGGAUCUGUUUCAGAUAUUUCAUGGUAGAGCUGGCCCCUGUUGGAAAGCAUGAAAGCUGGGUUUGACAAUUAUUUAAAAAAUUUAGGUGGGUGCUCCCCCUUUCUCCCUUAAAAAAUUGGAAAAUUUAAGGAAGCAGAUCGGAGGCGGGGCCAGGCCCGCCCCCAUUCAGUCUCCUUUCUAACAUCAUCAGAAUUAAAUGAUUUCCCAUAGGGAAAGAUUGGAUUGUCUGAAAUUGGCAAGGGGCCGCGGCAGGACCAAACACAGGCUUGGCCAUUAAGUAUAUCUUCAUAGAAAUGCAUUGAUUUACACUUUCACUUUUUCCCUUUUUUGUCCACAACUCUCCCUCUUUACAUCCUUCCCUUUCAAUACAUUCCUCCUUUCUUCAUACGUUUCUGCUUUCCACUCCUCACAUUUCAUUCCUCACACGCACACACCUACUACUCUUUCUAGUUUCGGACGGUUCUCUACUUCUUCGGUCUAUUACUUCUUAUAGAUCUACAGGGCUCAUUUGCUCAUCUUCAUACCCUUUAUGUAUAUACUUUAUCCUCCUGUUGUUGUUCUUAUAACCUUUUAGUGUAUAUAACACACUAUACACCUAUUACACUUUUGAACCGCGUCACUAUGGUUACCAGACGCGAUCACGGCCACAUAGAGGCACGUACAUCCAUCAUUAUGCACAAAUCCUUCAUGCAUGCACGGUCUACACGUCUGAGCACGGAUCAAGGGGGUACACUUGCACUCUGUAAGUGAUUACCUUUCCUAUGCUUUAUGCCUUAUAUAAACACUCUGUUUAUGUGUAUGCACAUCUUGAUGAAGACCUUUUGGGUCGAAACGUUUAUCGCUUCAUACAACACAAAUUUAUUUUUGAAAAUCCUUUGAGUGCUCUCUUCAUUCAUUUUCCUAUAUUUCCACGCUGUGCAGCACUGAGGUCUAUUCAAUGAUGCUACUUAAAGGUAGAGUGCCAGAUCCUCUUGUUUAUAUAUAUAUAUAUAUAUAUAUAUAUAUAUAUAUUCUCAGAUGCUAGCACUCCUCCCAGACUUUACAAAAAAAAAUUAUACUACCGUGCCUACCUAGGUGCAAUGGCCGCGUAUAUAUUCAGAAAAAACAGUAAUAGGGAGCACUCAGGUCUAAAAUCGUGUAGAAAAGUUAUUAAUCGUUCGACCCGGAUCUUGAUAAAGACUCAAAUGUCGAAAUGUUGAUUUACAUUUUGCACAGUACUUGAUAGAAAUACAAUAAAUAAUUUCUACAUGAAUUUUAGACUGGAGUGCUCCCUAUUACUGUUUUUUCUAUUUAUGUAGGACUGGGCCUGUAGUUGUAGGAGGGGCUUGGUUUCCCUUCUUAAGGGACGCCAACUGCUCCCUAUUAUCGUUUUCAGUAUGACGAUUUGCAUACCGUGACUUCCGGUCUGUGCAAAUCACCAUUUUAUUACCUUCAACUAGUGGGAAUGCUUACCUGGUCCUCCAGCCCCUGGUCGUCCCUUUCGCUGUCUUCCAACUCUCCAGAACCUCAACAGGACUCCCAUACCUGCUCCAUUCACUUCGUGAUUGAAUCGUAAAAACAGUUUGAGUCGAGCCGCCUGUCGCACCUCAGUCGUGGCGCUCAGCGUCAUUCCGGGAUGGCUCUAUGCUUUAAUUUCCUUUCGCAUACAUCUGUUCAUUUUUCUGUUUUCUCGCAGCUAUGCGAAUGAUUAGGCUAUAGUACGGUCUUUCAGCUACUUCCACCGUUCUGUUCGUUAUAGCACUUGUUAGGAAGCCACAACAGGCACGGGAGGCUCCGUCGAAUACAAGUUGUCUAAUUUUGUAUUUCUCGUAAAUUACAGUAUCUCCUUGAUUGGAAAGGGUACGGUCCCGAGGAGCGAUCGUGGGUCAAUGCAUCAGAUGUUCACGCCCGUCGCCUGGUUCGUCUGUUUGAGAGGCGGCGCUCUUGUGGGUUCGGUUCCACCCGCCCUGGGGCGGUUCUCGAGGGGGGGGUACUGUAACAAGCGCUUACCUUUCCCCGCCGAUCCUGCGCAGCGCCGGGUCCUCCUCCUAUCCUUCCGGGGGGCGGCUCAGCCUUUCUGACGCCGGCCGCUCGGAUCACGCCCACAUUUAUGACGCGGCGCAUGCGCGCUGACGUCAGACUAAAAAUGGCGCCAAAAUUCAAACGUGGCCACGCUCCCGGACUUUUUGGGGGCGUGGCUACAAAAUUAAAGCCAAAGAACCCACACUAUAAAAGGGCUAUCAUGACACCAGGGCCGGUGCAAGGAUUUUUGCCGCCCUAGGCAAAAGAAAGAUUUGCCGCCCCAGGGCCUAAAUGCCUUAUAUGAUCUGCCAUAUGAACUAGUGCCAGUGCUGCACACAGUGUGUGUUUACAUUAAAAAGCCUGCAGGGACAAACUAUAGAAACCAGAACAACUUUAUUAAGCUGCAGUGGUUCUGGGGACUAUAGUGUCCAUUUAUUGUGAGGUAGAUUAGUGUCACUAAUAAUAUACUAGAUUGCCUACUUACAAUCAGAUGAGGAUGAUGAUGGGCUGUGGCUGCAGUCUGGCUCCACUGGUCUGGUGUAGAACAGGAUCUCUGGAGGCUGUUUGUAACUGUGGUCACAAAAUUUAAUGUUCUGGGAGAACGGGAAGCAGCUCAAUUUUGUGGGGCCUCUUACAUAGCUCAAGGUCUGGGCCCCAGGGUCCACCUACAUGAGUCCGCUCACAGGGAGUAGAGUGUGUAGGGGAUGUGUUAUGUGUUACUGUAGAGGAUCUAAUGUGUGUGCUUAUGGAGUGUAGUGUAUAGGGAUACCAGUUUGUGUAGGUGAUCCAGUGUGUUUGUGUGUAAGGGAUAGAAAGCAGUGAGUGUUUGUGUAUACGGGAUGUAUUGUGUGUUUGUCUGUAAGGGGUGCGUUGAGUGUGUGUAAGAGAUGCAUUGUGUUUCUGUGUGUGUGUAAGAGAAGCAGUGUGUGUUUGCAUAUGUGUGUAAGGGAUGCAUUGUGUGUUUCUGUGUAUGUGUGCAAAGGAUGCAUUGUCUUUGUGUCUAAGGGUUGCAUUGUGUGUUUCUCUGUGUGUAAGGGAAGCAUGUUGUGUUUCUGUGUGUAUAGGGAUGCAUUGUGUGUGUGUGUGUGCGCGCGUGGUGUGAAAGAGCUCCCUGUCCUGCCCCUGUCCUAUAGAGCUCUCCCUUCCAUUCCUUAGAGAUCUCCCCUGCCCCUUAGUGGUCUCUCCUCUCCCCCCCACCUCCCUUAGUGGUCUCCUUUUCUCCCCGACUUUCCAUUAGUGGUCUCUCCUCUCCCCCCACCCUCCCCUAGUGGUCUAUCCUCCACCCCCCUCCUUUAGCGGUCUCUCCACCGCCCCCUCCCUCCUUUAGUGGUCUCUCCCUCCCCUACGUUCUCAUCUCCCACCCCCCGUGUUCUCCUCUUAUUCCCCCCUCCCCGUGUUCUCCUCUUCUUCUCCUCUGUAAUCUUCUCUUCUUCUCCCUCCUCCCUGUAACCUUCUCCACUCCCCCUCCCUCCCUGUAAUCUUCUCCCCCCCCUAUAAUCUUCUCCCCCCUCCCCUAUAACCUUCUCCACUCCCCCCUCCCUCCCUGUAAUGUUCUCCCCCCUCUUAUAAUCUCCAGUUUUCAUUAAUCUCGGAAUGUUCGGCUAUAUACGAAAGUUAGCCCACCACAAGGGUCAUUUGUAUUUUUAUAACUGAACGCCCUAUUUUAGUAGUAGGUUUCACACGAUUUCAUACAAAUUGUUUUACUUCACUGUUUCAGUUAAAAUACUGUAUGUUUUAAAUGUCGGCCUCUAGUGGUCAGUUUUGAUAUUGCACAGGAGUUUAAACAUGCAGUAAUUACCUGACUUCAAUUAAUGUCGACCUUUAGUGGUCAAUUUUGAUAUUGCAGAGGCUAUAUUUGAAAUUUGAUAUUUUAAAGUGAUCAAUUCAGGUCAAACAAGCGCUUGCUUGUUAAUUAUUUUUCUCAAGUCUUAUCAGUAUAUGCUGACGUUACGCAUGUUUCUCUUUGGAGGGGACUCAAUUGAGUAAUUAAGGUUAAUUGCUAGUUGUUAUAGGUCAAACCAUAGAGAGGUUAUCUACCUUCUAAUUUAAGUUACAUUAAAGCCAUUGAUCUUUCGGGUACGACUCUAAAGCUUUGUUUUCCAGAAGCAAUAAGGUGGGUGUGGCAGAAAUGCCUCUGCCACGAGUUCUUGGAGGCGCCUGCUUUCCAGCCUCCUGCCAAAAGGCCCUUUAAAAACUUAUGUGAUUUCUGUACUUUUGUACUCCCUAAUUCCCUGGAACUGUUUUGGGCAUAGGACCAUGUGCAUGGUCGGUCAAAAUUAUGACUUCCAUGGAAAUCCCGAACCCCUGAACUGAUCUGGGUGAUUUUUGGAUAUGUUGGUCCCCCAGAUCGGGGCUUUUGUGGGGUUUACAUGUGUUUUAGGGGUACUUUUGGGGUGUUGUUGUAUUGCAUGUUUUUCUGUGCUUGGAGAUAAUUGGAUUAGAUUAGUACAGUUCCUGAUACAAUUAUCUCCCAGGCACAGAGGAGGGAUUAUCUUAUUAUGUAUGGGAGUGUCCUGGGUCUAAGAGCCAAUGUAAUUGUGUAUUUGUUUCUACUGUGGUUUACUCUCAGGUCCAGGGGGAGUGCCCCUUGCAUGGGGACCUGCAUAUAAGGCCAGUUGUGGCUACCAUUAAACGAGUUCCUGCUUACCCUCAACGUAGAGUCUCAUCUCAUGUUUGUAAGGAACCGCUAUACCAGCUAUAAUUACCAUCUCUCGUAAGAGCUACACUGCUAUACUCUCUUGGAGGAGAGGCCUUCCCACUGGGAGCUGAAUCCAUGAGUUUGGAACAGGGUGGGAAGGGAUGGCAAGACCCCAGCCAAGCUGCGGCUGCUAUGGGGCUAUGGUGUCCGAUGCAGUGCUUAUGGUACUAGGUGACAGCUUGGAAGCAGCGAUUGGCGGAGGCACCCAGUCGGGGUUCCAGGCGGUACGUCACAUCGGUGGGUUGAUAUGUGUAUAUAUUAUAUUCAUAUCAUAGCGAUCAGAUGCAGUAUUACAGGUAUUAUAUCUGUCUCAGAUCCACAGAGCACUCCGAAUUGGAGCUCCAUCACUGCUACUAUUCACAAUUCACUGUGCAUUUUAGUGGUUACAGUUAUUCCAGCCCAAAUAUGGCCCUCAUUAGUUUGUCUAAUCCUUAACGUUUAUUUUCUACAUGUAAUCUUACGGAAUGUUUAUAUUUGUUUCGGUUAAUACUGAGUGUUAAAUAUCGGCCUAUAUCGGUCAAUAUUAAUAUUGCACAUGUCAAUAUUUUAAGUUAGUCUUAUGUUUUAUUAUAGAUAGUAUUUAAUUUAGGUAAAGCAAAUGUAUUGCUUGUUCAUCGUUUUUCAUGCUUUGUCAGUAGAUGCUGACGAUACACUGGUUCGCUCCAAUAAACACUAUUUGGUUUUCACUCAACUCAACGCCUCUAAAUGCUCACCCGGUGCAUUCCUAUACUCAUGUCACUAAGGCUCGAUUCCUUAACCUAUGACCAACAUCAACACUGUAUAACCUGCACCUAUGCUACUAUUAUUCCAUUGACUACGAUUUCUUGUAUCUGUUUCUAUAUUCAAGGGAGACCAGGUCUUUGAUACUUAACUGGGGAUUAGAUGUUAUCAUUAGUUCUGUAUAGUAAGUUACCUUAAUUAAUGCCUUGGUGUAUAAUUAUUAAACUAAGUUUAGGAUCCUUAUCCUAAUUCACCUGUUAUGGUGGCUUCCCUCAGUUCUACUCAAGUGUAGUAUACUCGCUUGACUAUAUUACCACGUGUAUGUCCCUUAACAGCACUACUGUUUUAUCUUAAGUCUGUUGUUCGUCUCUCAGGAUGUCCCGGGCAGGGCAACGCACAUACUUCUCACAUAAUAAUUUAUAUCUUUAGGUUCAUUAUUAGGACUGCUGCUUUCACUCGUAUCUGGUUUUUCUUCCAUAGGGGUCACAGGUUAGAGGAUAUUCGUAUCAAGGGCAUUACUGAUAACAUGGUUAUUACAGGUUAUGGAGUACUCAGCAUUUUAGGGCAACAUUACUCAUCAUACCCCUUAUACUACAUUCAUUAGGUAGGUUUUAUAGAUUAUUCUGUUGGAUCCAGGAGCUGGCCUUAUAUCUCACUCAAGUACGAUACAUCAUUGUAUCUUUAGGUGCUAGGUAUCUACAAUUUACUGCACAACCUCCUACUUAGAGCUGAACGUUACAUCGCCACAUAUCCUGUUGGCUAGAACAGGAUAUCUACUUUUACAUAAGAUACCACAAUUCCUACUAUAUCUCGUUAACCCUGUAGGUCUGCGCCAAUCCACCUUCUGUGUCAUACCGCAUUUCUGACUACUCGUUCUCAGAUAUGUCAAAUUACACAUACUAAUUCAAAACCUUACCCUGCCUCCCUUAGUUUGUUUCAUUACUGGCUGGCAGGGCACCAGGAGCCCGAUAGCUUAUACUUUCUCAGGCCUCUAUGUCUUACGUUAGUGGUCCCGCGAGGCCAACAUCGAUCCUCAUACUCGGAGGUAUUACACCCAUCAGCCCAACUCAUAGUUAGUCACCUAGCAUGGUGGCAUAGAGAGGGCCUCACCUGUCAUGCCCAUUCUAUCUUAUGCUUUAAAAGUCACAGAGAGGGCGACACCCCGCCACAAGUUCGGUGGCCACGUAAUCCCCUCACGCCAACGCAUAGAUAGAGCCUCUCAAACCGCUUGGCAUCUAGUAGGGCCUCACCCAUCACCAACUUGUUUAAUGGUUUCGCCACUUGGCAAUAGCUAGUAUACCAGUAUGUCGUAAGGGUACACACAACUACUUCAAGCUGUUUAACACAUGCGACAGGAAGGUGGAGGAUCCUGUCCCUGCCCUGCACUCCUACUAGGUCUGAUACAUCACACAAGGGACAUGGCUAGUCCUACUUCUAUAAGAUCUUGGACUAUACCUCGCAUCACAGCAGGACUUUUGAAUGGCACAUAAGGUAUCAGCACAGCUAUAUAAACCAAUUCUCAAAUCACAUACAGACAUAUUUUUCACAUAUAUAGGUACCACUAACCAGGCUUUUAGUAGGGAAACAACGGCUUAGUAUUAGAACGGUGUCUAGUAUUGGAAACCUACCCUGUUGUAUAAUUAUAUCGAGCAGAUUUAAUUACAUCGGACAUAACUAUGUGGAGCCUGUAGAAUUAAAUGUGUGUAAGUUACGUGGCUGGUAUUGUUAGGUAUUGGUAAGCUCCUUCUGUCCAAUUAUACUGGAUUAGAACAUCAUGUGAUGAACUAUAUUAGGUACAAACAGUAGUUCUGAUUAUCAGUAACAGGUAUGGGUCCAUAUUUGCAAAUACCUGUCAGGUAGAGUCCGUUGGUUAGAUACAGUAGGAAUAUAUAUUUAUGUUGCCCCUUCCACAUCAGUGCUGACAACCAUACCUCCAGGAACAUUUGGUACAAAAAUAAUGGGACGUUGAGACUAUGAAGGCCUAAGCUUACUCCAGAUAUAUACAUCAACCUGUUCUUAAAUACGCCAAGUCUUCCAUAACAUUUAUAUAUGUAAUAUAUUGUAAUAUGCUUGAUUUGUAGGCUGUAUAAUUCGGUAUGGUAUACUCUUUUUGCCCUCUUUUAUUACAGGCCCACCGCAUAGUUGGUUCCGGCAUACCACAACCUUACUAUAGGUCUCAUAUAGGGACCUUACAUAUCUACUUCUAAUUACGGCUGCUUUUAUAACAGGCCCACCGCAUCGUCAGUUCCGGCACACCACAACCGACUUUUUCAUAUUAAAAUAGGUCUAAUAUAGGGACCUUACAUAUCUACUUCUAAUAUCCUCUAAUUACGGCUUUUGCCCCGACCACAAAUAAAUAAAUAUAUAUAUAUAUAUACACACACACACACAUAUUAUAUAAGUAUAUAUAUAUAUAUAUAUAUAUAUAUAUAUAUAUAUAUAAAAGAAGAUGAGUGCACUCUGGAGACUGUAGUAGUAAAGUAGAAAUGCUUUUAGCACAAAUAAACAUCAACGUUUCAGUCCUCCUGGACUUCUCUCAAGAACAGGAGGACUGAAACGAUGAUGUUUAUUUGUGCUAAAUAACAGCAUUUCUACUUUACUACUACAGUCUCCAGAGAGCACUCAUUUUCUUUCCUAUACUAUGGCUGGAGUUGGCACCGGAGCAUCAUUAAAGACCAGGAAUUAGAGUGUUGGGAUCGUGGAAAUAUAUAUAAAUAUAUAAAUUAUAUUAAAAAAAUUUUUUAAUUAUUUAUUUUUACAUAUAUAUAUAUAUACAUACAUAUAAUACACAAGAUCCAGCGCACUCACCUAUCCACUAAACAGCAACUUCAAUGUUGAAAGAUUUUAUUUGUUUUUUAAAAACACCUAAUCUAGGCAAAAAUAAUGGGGGUUUAGUUACAUUAUAUGAUCAUACAUUGCAUAAGCCUGCCACAACGUCAAUGUACCCCAUCUUUGGCAGGUCCUACACUAACAGCCUAAUGUCUGCUCUUAUGAGAUUAACCUACUUGGGGAAAAAAAUUCCAUCUGGGGCUCUCUGCAGUACAAGGCUAAAUAGGGCCCUGGGAUGAGGCACCUGUGACAGGGAGGGGUGCAAAACCAAGGAGUUGGCCAGACUCCCAAAUAUAUAUACAAAACAAGAGGGGGUUGGCUGCACUCACCUUAACAUGCAUAAAUGGGGGUGCUGCUGGAGGCCAAAUAAUACAAUACACAAGAUCCAGCGCACUCACCUAUCCACUAAACAGCAACUUCAAUGUUGAAAGAUUUUACAUACAUAUAUAUACACACACACACACACACAUUCUACAUUUAUAUUUAACUAUUAACUACAUAAUUAUUUGAUUUUAUUAAUUAUAAUUUCAGGGACCUGCCUAACAAUCCAGGCAGAAAGUCCGGAGAAUUUAGUUGGCAAGCCCUAUAUUUAACCCUGUAACUUUCCAAAACACCAUAAAACCUAUACAUGGGGGUAUUGUUAUACUUGGUACUUUGCUGAACACAAAUAUGAGUGUUUUAAAAAGUUAAACGUAUCACGACGAUGAUAUCACCAGUAAAAGUGCAGUUUUUAUUUAACAAUAUGCAAAAAACUAAUUUUAACGUUGGCCAGCGUUUGUGUCUAAGUGGCUUCUACGAAAGAUUGGAAAUAUCCCAUUUUGAAUACCCUGGGUUGUCUACAUUUGAAAAUGGUAUGCCAUGAUGAGGUUAAUUCACAUUCCUGGGCUACCAUAUGGUCUUAACCCCUUAAGGACCAAACUUCUGGAAUAAAAGGGAAUCAUGACAUGUCAUGUGUCCUUAAGGGGUUAAAAGGCAACAUAGAUCCAGCACACCAAUCUGGCAUACUGAAUAAGGCAAGUCCUAUAUUGACCCUGUAACCCUCCAAAACACCAUAAAACCUGUACAUGGGGGGUAUUGUCAUACUCUAGAGACUUCGCUGAACACAAAUAUGAGUGUUUAAAACAGUAAAACGUAUCACGACAAUGAAAUCACCAGUAAAAGUGCAGUUUUUGUGUAAAACAAUGCAAAAAACUAAUAUGAACUUUGGCAAGCGUUUGUGGCUUCUACAAAAGACUGGACAUACCCCAUUUUGUAUACCCUGGGUUGUCUACUUUUUCAAAUGGUAUGUCAUGGUGGGGUUAAUUUUCAUUUCUGGGCUGCCAUACCGUCUCAAAGGCAACAUAGCCAAUCUGGCAACUAGCAAUUUACAAAAACAGAAAUAGUUUGACCCUGUAACUUUCCAAAUCACCAUAAAACCUGUACUUGAGGGGUACUAUUGUACUCGUGAGACAUUACUCUACACAAAUAUGAGUAUUUUAGAGCAGUAAAAUGUAUUAUACUGAUAAUAUCAUUGGUGAAAUGGCAGCUUAUGUGUGAAAAAGGCAAAAAAUAAAUAAAUAUAUAUAUAUUAAUAUAUAUAUAAACGCUAAUUUUGCCAAGGGUUUAUGACUAAGUGGCUACCAAAAAAAGACUGGACAUACCCCAUUUUGAAUACCGUGGGUUGUCUACUUUUACAAAUGGUAUACCAUGAUGGGGUUUAUUUUCAUUCCUGGGCUGCCAUAUGGUCUCAAAAAGCAAUAGGCCCAGCAAACCGAUCUGGCAAAUUUCAAUGUGCAAACAUGGAAAGGGAAAAGCCCUAUAUUUGACCCCUGUAAGUUCGCAAAAACCCAUAAGACCUGUACCUUUCGGGGUGCUGUUGUGCUCAUGAGAUGUUGCUGAACACAUAUUGGGGUGUUCUUUGUCAGUAACACAUAACAGGAACUGAGAAUCCAUGCCUGAAGUACAAUGUGAGAGAAAAAACAAACAAAAUAUAUGGUGUGAUGGGGGUAAAUUAGAUUGGCCGGCUUCAAAAAUGUCCCAAAUAGGACAUGGUGCAUGAUAACCAGCUGUGAAAAUUCCAAGUUGGAAAACUGGAAUGCGCACCCUCUAAAUACGGUCAUUUAGCCCCCAGUGUACCCGACACACCUAUACAUGGGUGGUAUCACUGUACUCAGGAGAUGUUGCUGAACACAUAUUGGGGUAUUCUUUGGCAGUAACCCUUAAAAUUCUAAGUGCAUGUUCUUAAAUUGCUAUGUGUGUCAAAAAAAAUUAUCAAUUAUUAUUAUUUUUAAAUUUGGCAUAGAUUGGUGGCAAAAUGGUUGCAUGAAAAGAGUCAAAAUACCCCAGGUUUAAUACCUUAGGUUGUCUUAUUUUAAAAACUAUAUACAUGUGAAGGGUUAUUCAGGGAUUCCUGACAGAUAUCAGUGUUACAAUGUAACUUUCGUUAAUUUUGAAAAGAAAAUGGUUUGGAAAUACUUGUGCUUAUUGCCCUAUAACUUGCACACAAAAAAGCUAAGAACAUGUUAACAUUGGGUAUUUCUAAACUCAGCACAAAAUUUUUAAACUAUUUAGCAUGGGUGUUUUUUUUUGCGGUUGUAGAUGCGUAACAGAUUUUGGGGGUCAAAGUUAAAAAAGGUUUUUUUUAAAACUUUUUAUCAUAUUUUAUAAGAAAUUUUAUCAUAAAUUAUAUGAUAUGAUGGUAUCUUUAGAAAGACCAUUUAAUGGUGAGGAAAAACUGUAUAUAAUAUGUGUGGGUACAGUAAAUGAGUAAGAGGUAAAUUACAGCUAAACACAAACACUACAGAAAUGUAAAAACAGCCCUGGUACUUAACGGUAAGAAAAUUGAAAAAUGGUCUGGUCACUAAGGGGUUAAACUGUGAUACUUUCCAUGUAAGUUAGUUGAGGAUCAUGGUAAUUCAUGGCUAACAAAGGCUGAUUUCUCGUGAAUAAGGCAUAAAAGUCCAGAACAUGUUCGUUUCAGUGUUUAAAAUCUGGACCUUGUCAAUCAAUUUCCAUCAGUUUCUGUUGAGGUGGGUUUCUAGCUAUGUAUUUUGCAGGAAAUACAAAACACAGCAAACUUGACCUCCAUAUCCUAUAAGGUAGGCAACCUUCGCCACUCCAGAUGUUAUGAACCACAUCUCCCAUAAUCCUCUAACAACCAUAAUGCUGGUAAAGCAUCAAGGGAGAAGUAGUCCACAACGUCUGGAGUGCCAAAGGUUGCUUAACCUUAUCCUAUAUAUAAUAGUACUCAUUCAGUUAAAUAGAUGAAAGAACAUGACUGUAGGCAGAGACUGCACACACCAACCAAAUUCUGUAACAGUGUGAUUCAUGGUUCUAGGUGACCACAUUCCUUGCCGUAAUUAAAGGGACACUUCUAGAUGGGCCAGCCAACAUAACCACUUUAUCUCAAUGAAGUCAGUAUGGGAGCUGGAGUCACUGAGUGCAAUAUUACUUUACUUGAUACUCUCAGCCUGCUGGCACACUCGGCAAAACCUUCCAGAUCAUUGCAGAUUGAGGUGGCCAUUAGGUAAGACCAGCAUCUCGGUACUCCUGCUACCUUAAUAUCUUCAUUAAAAUUAAAUUUAUGGGUGGGAAUGUUCUUUUAAGUGAAAGGAAUGACCCAAUAUUCCGAGUUCCAUAUGGACUGCAUUUCCACCUAUAUUUAUUGCUCUUGCUUUACAAAUUUUUUUUUACAAAAAUACCUACCCGCACCCAGAAUACUAAACAGCCUUAACUAAAAUUAAACAGUAACAAAGUAACAAAAUAGUGUGUAUUGUGCAAUAAAUAAUAAAAAAUAUUAUAUUUUAUUAUAAUUAUAUUUUUAUAACCCUUAUAACAAGUGUACAGCUAAUAAUGUAUUAUGUGUGCAGGUAUAUUAUAAAAAAUAUUCACUUGUUGAUGAUAAGCCAUAUUAUAUAUAAUCCUAAUUGUUGUUGUACAAUUUUUCAUUUCGGCUCACAUAGAACUCUGCUACAGUGAUCUGAUAUCCCCUGCUAGAAUUAUUUAUUGUCCGACCCUUGGCAUUUCCAUAAUCCGGGAGUCAAGUCAGUACUUAAACCUUUUAGAGCCGAGAUAAGGUUAGAAAUGCCACUGUAAGACAAAUUAAUGAAAAGUGCAACUUGAAACCCAGAAACCAGGUGAGACAAGGUUAUAUAUAGCCGUGCACUUGUUACACCAAGAUCGUUCGACACCUGAUACCUUCGAGGACACCAUAAAUGCGUAGAAUGUAUACAAGUGAUCUAGUAUUGGCAAAGCAGUGUAUUGAAAAAUAGAUUCCCCUCUCUAUUUCAUUUGUAUCUCUUGUGAUCAAAUUAUCCUGAGAGUGGUGACUUUUGCCAAAGUUGUAACUAUAAAUUGUAAGCAUUAGUACAGUGCGGUGUCCCAAGCUAUAAUAUUUACUGCUGUAUCCAACUGAAGCCCUUCAAGUUGGGAGGUAAGGGCAAAAAAAAGUUGGCAACACAAACACAUAAAAAAUUAAAGCUUUCUUGCUAUCCAGUUAUAAGUCCAAAUUGAUUUAUUCAUUAAACCAUGCAUUAAGUAUAAUGCUAAUACUUAAAGGGAUAGUCAGUGUAAAAUAAGUGUAUGUUUUCUAUAUAAUGUUUUUUUUCCCAUAAUUUUGUUAAAAUGUUUUUGUUCCUAUUUUAGCUUUUCUCUCACAGCCCUCCUUCCUGAAGGCAUAUAGAAUAUGAAUUACCUUACAGUGCUUCCCAUCUUUAUAAUUUGGAUUUCACUUAAAGGAACAUUCCAAGCACCAUAACCGUUACUACUUUUUGUAGUGGAUAUAGUGCCAGUAGUGCCUUGGUACUUGGAUGCCUUCCCCGCAUCCGUUCUUCCACUGCAGAGGAAGCUGGAUGUUUUCAGUAAACUAAGCUGAUCCGAUAAAGGGUUGCGCUCAUUGUCUAAGACAGGGGUUCUCAACCCAGUCCUCAGGACCCCCUACCAGUCCAGGAUUUGGGGAUUACCUGGGUGUGUCUCAGGCGUUUAGAAAAAGGGAAAAAAACACAGACUCUAAGGUGUUUUUUUUUUUCUUUUUCUAAACACCUUAGACACACCCAGGUAAUCCCUAAACCCUGGACUGGUAGGGGGUCCUGAGGACUAACGUUGAGAACCCCUGGUCUAAGAGCAAUGAACUAACACUCUCAGCAAAUGGGAGUGACCUGUCAUGGCCCUGUUUAGCUCAGUGAAGCUAACCGUGUUCUCCUGCAAGAACAAUCCAGAUUCAGGAAUUUCAGAUGUGAGCAUAUGUACUUGUGUAUUAUACUGGCGUUUUCCUUUAAUAUUGGGUCGGUAUAUCAAUGAACAGCCAAUAGAAUUCAAGAGCGGAACAACCUUAACUCAUAGAGUGCUAGUGUGUUAGUGCAUGUAUGACUGUCAGUGGGUAUGGUAGUGUGUGCCUCUGUAUGUCUGAAUUAUGUGUUCCCUAUUAAGGGUUAAUAAGUAUAUAGGGGUGUAUGUAAAAAAUACCCCUCUCUGUCUCGUUAGAGAUAUCUUUGCCAGAAGCUCAAGGAAGCAGGCUGAAGGGUCAGUGUUAGGACCCGCUUAGGGGGGUCUGCCUUGACGUUGGCAGGCGGGCAUUCCCUCCAAUGGCCAUUGGAGCAACUAAAUGACCUCCAUUUGUCUAAACACACAUAGGGCUUAAGGAGAGAGCGCAGGUAACUUUUUCUUUUCUUUGGUUUUUACUAUAUAUUUGGGCUGAUGUGUACUGUAGUCAUUGCUGCCGGCCCAGUAGUGAUGGGAGUGAGCGCAGGACUUCUUUUUGUAUUUGUAUUUACUUUGUAUCACACAGCCUUAUUACAAUGCUGCCGCCCAUCCCAUGUGUUCCCUAUUAAGGUUUAAUAAGUAUAUAGGGGUGUAUGUAAAAAAUACCCCUCUCUGUCUCAUUAGAGAUAUCUUUGCCAGAAGCUCAAGGAAGCAGGCUGAAGGGUCAGUGUUAGAACCCGCUUAGGGGGGUCUGCCUUGACGUUGGCAGGUGGGCAUUCCCUCCAAUGGCCAUUGGAGCAACUAAAUGACCUCCAUUUGUCUAAAUAUACAUAGGGAUUAAGGAGAGAGUGCAGGUAACUUUUUCUUUUCUUUGGUUUUUACUAUAUAUUGUGGCUGAUGUGUACUGUAGUCAUUGCUGCCGGCCCAGUAGUGAUGGGAGUGAGCGCAGGACUUCUUUUUGCAUUUGUCUGAAUUAGUGUCUAUGUUUAAAUGUCAGCGUGUGUCUGUGUAUGACUGUCAGUGGGUGUGGUAGUGUGUGUGCCUCUGUAUGUCAGAAUUAGUGUGCCUAUGUUUAACUGUCAGCGUGUGUCUGUGUAUGACUGUCAGUAGGUAUGUUAGUGCGUGUCUGUGCAAGUCUGAGUUAGUGUAUAUCUAUGUUUAACUGUCAGUGUAUCUGUGUGUCAAUGUGUGUCUGUGUAUGACUGCCAGCAGGUAUGUAAGUGCGUGUCUGAGUUAGUGUAUGUCUAUGUUUAACUGUCAGUGUGUCUGUGUGUGAUGAAAUGUCUUUUGUCACUGGAUUUUUAGGUGACAAGCUGCCCUUUGCCCCUGGCUGUUGGAGGAGCCUGAGUGCCAGCCUCCUGCCUCAUGACUAUGGCCCUGGGUUGUAAGGCCCUUUACAAACAUUAUUUGGGCUAAUGGAUUUAUAUUGUGCUGCUGCUGGCCCUUUAAGAACUGCAUUGUGGUUUAUGGACUUGUAUUGGACCAUGCUGGCCCUUUAAGAACCGUCUGGGGAUAUAUUGAGACUUUGUGUGACAAUGCCCCUUUAAGACUAUGUCCCCAGACCUUUAAAAUACUUUGUCUAUGGCUUUCUCCCACUUGGUUCAGUAAAUGGAGCUUACUGAACCAAGUACCACACAGGCGGACCACCUAGAAGUGGAAGUGUGCAGGCAAUUUACCUCCCAGGCUGGGAGCCUGCUGUAGGUAAAUUGCCGACCGCUGGGUGGCCGCGGUUCGUGCAAACCAACACUUGGCGGCGGCCUUCUUUGUUCAUUCAAACGAGGUAAGCGGUAUGUGUAGCCAAAUUCAUGGACGUGAAAUCGACCGGCCGCACAGCCCAAAUCUAUAUGGAACUGUUUUGGGCAGGAAAAUAUGCUUGCGGUAGGUCAUAAAGGACUUCUGUCUAACUUUUUAUCUACUGGAUGGAUUUGUCUGAUUUUUGAGAGUGUUUAUAUUUAAAGUGUGCUGAUUCUGAAUAUGUAAGAUUGCACGUAUAUUUUUAAAGUUACAGUGUAUGUAUAAAACUAUUUUUCCUGUCUGUGAUAAUUAUGUUAACCAUUGUGUACCAUAAUUAUAUCACAGGCAGAGGGGAGGAUUUUGUGUGUAAUUGCUGGGAGUGGUUUCUGUAAUGUACGUGUGUUAUUGGUUGUUCUGUAAAACCCUGUGGGUGGUCCUAUGUAAGGAAAACCUGCAUAAAAGAAGGCCCUUUGGUGCCAAUUAAAAGCAGAUCAUCUUGUACCUUCAUGAAGUUUCAGCUCAUGUUUGGGGGAUUGGAGAUCUACACUCUGGGGAAUUCUAUAAUCACUAUACUCCCCAGGGUAUAAUCACUAAGCUCUGCUAAGAGCUUGUUCCUGCUCUCUGGAAUUCGGAGAGAUCGACCUACUGGAAGCUGGACCCUGGUCUUGGGUCCAGAGUGAGUAGAGACGGCGAGACGCCAACCAAGCUGCGGCGGUUCGUGGGGUCUGUAGUGGUUAUGGUGUCGGGCAGAAUGCUUAGAGUCCUCGGAAAGCACUAGGAGCAUCCGUCAGUGUGCCAGCGGUUCCGUUACACUGUGUGUCUGUGUAUGACUGUCAGUGGGUGUGUUAGUGCAGUGCCUGUGUCUGUGUAUGUUUAACUUGGUGUAUGACUAUGUUUAACUGUCAGUGUAUCUGUAUGUCUGUGUAUGACUGUCAGUGUGUUAGUGGGUGCUAUGUGUAACUGUCCAUUGUGUCUUUGUUUGCCAUGCACAUGUACAGAUGGUUUUUGCUACAAAUCUCUCUUCCUUGAACCAAAAUGAAUCUGAAAUGUGCCAACAUUUCCACUUUAUUCUUUAGUAUCAUUAAGUUGCUAAACAUAUUAAUAUUUUAAAUUCUAAAACUAUCAUUUAUGUUUUAUAUUAAUAAACCAAUUGAGUGCCAAAGUGAUCUACACCCCGGUGGAUUGCCAUUUUACCAUUUUCUUUUGUCAUUGAAUUAACAUUUCUUAUUUAACUGUUUGUAGAUGGCAAUAAACUUCAUACCUGUGUGCUACGACCACCUGGUAUUUAUGGACCUGAUGAGAGGAGACAUUUACCCAGACUUGCUGUAAGUGUACCAUAACAGGUAAAAGUCAUGUAGCGGUAAAUAUGUGAUGUUAAUUACCUUUGUCCUCUUGUGUAUGCUCCAAAAUCAUAGUGUCUCUGCGAAUUUGGCAAAGUUCCCAGACAGUGACAGUGUCGCUUUCAAAGGUUAAUAUGUCUACUUACAUUUGUCAUUGUGAAUGCGCUUCAAAUAAUUAUUAAUUUUGUGCAUAUCAUAUAUAGGGUAUAAUUUUAGAUUCACCCUGUAGCAAUUAAUCUGUUUAAUAAUUGUCUGUUGCAGGCACUGUAACAACUCUGCUUGUGUUUCCGCAGGUAAAUAUUGAAAGAAGACUACUGUGUUUCAAAUUUGGAAGUAACAGCACCAAAAUGAACUGGAUUCACUUGUGCAAUUUGAUAGAAGCUCAUAUCUUAGCUGCCAAAGGCCUGACCUCUAGCAAAGAAUUUAUAGCAGUAAGUAAGCUGAAUGUAUACUAAAAGCAUAGCUUAAUUAGGGGCAGGGAAUUACAACUGAUGACGAAAAGGUCCAGGUGGGCAAACUAAUUCUAAGCAGCUCUAAUUUGGAGAGCUGGAGAUAUCACUUGUUUUUCUGGUAGACCCACGUUUGACCAAAUUGGGAUAUUUAUCUCAAUCUUUAAUUAUCUGUCUUCUUCAUCAAUGUGUUUUCCUUUAAUGCUUUUUUUAAUUGCAAACUAUAGUAGCAUCAUAGAUGACAGAGGACCACUGACUGAUUAGAACUUUUUAAAAUCAUAUUUCAGAGUGGAAAAGCAUAUUACAUUCAUGAUGGGGAAAAUGUGAAUUUAUUUGACUGGCUUCAUCCAUUGGUAAGUAUUUUUUAGAGCAUGUCUGAAAAGCUUGUAAACACAGAACAAGAGCAAUUCUCUUUCCCCUAUGAACUAGAAUAAUAAUUUCAUGGUUCCUAUCUAUGUUCAGUAUUUGGUCUAUAAACAUCUGGGUUCCAUAUUUCUGAGGAGGUAAAAAUUGCAACCAAGUCCCACGCAUAAUACCUAAAUACUUUAAAUUUAUGUUCACCUCAAGACUUCUACUUCACCAAGCCACUCUGAGACCUACCUGCUCACCUGGGAUUCUGAGGUCCUUAAGGUCCUUCAAAAAAAAAAAAUAUAUAUAUAUUUUUGCACAAAUUAAGAUUCAAACAGAAAUGUUUUUUUGAGAUUGAUGUGUUUAGAUUCUGACUCAUCAGCACCAGUCUAUCUUCAACCAUCUAUAGAACUUGUGAGAUGACUUGUGACACUUAUUGUUAUCCAUGCUUAAUCACCCAACAUUAAUAUAAACCACCUCCCUCAGCCAGGUUUCCACAUAGGAGUAAACGUUGAACCGGUGUCUAAUUCCAUAUUAAUGAUUUUGAUCUGAGAUGUUCAUUAAACGUGUGUCCACAUACGCUAGGCAAGAUACAUCUAAACGCCAAGAGUCAUUGGACAUUCUGUAGGACAUAUUGUUACUUAUUUUGUCCUCUUUUCUCUUGGGCAUUUUUAGUUUGAGAAACUGGGCCAGAAUGAUCCAUGGAUAAAGAUUCCCUCUUCGUUAGUGUACACUGCAGGUAAAAAAAAGUAUUCAACAUUCUUGGCUAUAGCACUGUUUCUUGCAGAGUGUUUUCCAUGUAUUCAGUAAGCAUGUCAGUACGCAGAAACCUAAAAUAUGACCAAAGAAUGGCAACCUACCUGUUGUUGACUACAGGUCCCAUACUCCUUAUUCAGCCUCUGUCUGGAAGAGUGUUCAUAGACAUUAACACCACCAGGGUGGCCUAGAUUAUCCUUCCCUUCCCUAUAAUACAAAGUCAUAUGUCUGUUAAAUAAUCAAACCAAGCCCUAGUGAAGCCUACACAGGGAAUAUGAAUAGAGGAUAAAAAAAGGUACAAAUCGAAGCAAUAUUAUAUGUGGGCUGUCAGAAGACCUUCUAAUGUAUAUGUAGAAGAGUCUGAGGACCACUCUCCACCAGGUAUUCCCUGUAUAUGUGCAGACUUGAAAGUAUCAUGUUCUGAGAAGUGGUGGAAGGUUUAACGGUGGAGUACUCACCGAUGGAAUGUUCCUACUGAUUUAAUCGGUUCACACGCUUAUUGCCUCUACUUUAACAUCCAACAUAAACAAGUGUUGUCUGAAUUCUUUAAAUUAAUACGUUAAUAACCCAUAUUGUAGAAAAGUUUUGUUUUUAAAAACAGAAACAGGGCUUUACACUUAACUAAGAAUUGUCAAGAUUUCAACUUUUCAAAUUUAAAGCCAAAGAAGCCAAUCUAGAAGCAGAGCUGGCCUGGAUAAUGUUUUUGGGUUAGCUAUUUCGGCCUUAAAAUUUAAAUCUACUUUGAAUUCCUAACAAUUCUCACUUCAGUGACUAACCCUGUAUGUGUGCAAACAUCUUGAUAUUUAUUUUAUAUGAAAUAUCAAAGUAAUAGAUGAAUGCAAGGAAAAGCUAAGACAUAUGAAGAGACCAAAAAUACAAGUAAUUGUAACAUCAUCAGAGGAAGUAAUUGUAACAUCAAAAGAGUACAAGAUUGAAAAUUAGAACUAACAGCUAUUUAAGUGGCAACAAACAUUCUUAUCAAAUAUUUUUAUUUUAUUUUUUUUAAUUCUUUAUUUUUCACUCAAUAGACAUAGCAAGUGUACAUCCACUUUUGGGCCUACACAGAAUCCAACUUGAAUACAAUUCUUGGAAACAUAAUGCAGUUCAACAAAUACAAUACAUGCCCUGUAGCGGAUGGCAAUGGGCUGUCCUCAAGGAUUCGUUUUACAAAUGUAUUUCGUGUAAUUAUUGCUACGUGUAGAACUAUUGUAUAUAGUUUUCGUCUGAUUGUUCGGUAGUUUUCAUUCCGUUUUUCAUACGAAUGAAACUAUCGAACCAUCAGACCACCCCAGUGAGGAGUGUGCACCUCAUUAAGCUUUCACACUCUGUAACCGCAACCUAAUUGACCGUAAAAUCGCUACUUUGUAUGUAUCUGUGUGGUCGCCAUUCGGCAUACGAACCACGUGGCGGCGGCCGUCUUACGCAAGAAAAUCUCAGUGGUGUUUGGUCGUUGAGUGUCUGGAACUCAAAUCGGACACUCAAACAACCGAACACCGCUGAGACCUCCAGAGCUCCGUAACUCCCGAACGGAGGGGCCAACCAGACCCUCGUUCGGUGAAAUCAAUGUCCCGAACAAUUAAUACGAACGUAAUAUGAUGUAAUUUUUUUUUUUAUAUAUAUAUAUAUUUAUAUUAUCUUCCAGUGUGUUUCAAUAAAAUUCUAAUUGGUCCACUAUAGAGGAUGACUGCCUAAGAGCUAGAACUUCCUUAAUAGAUGGUAUAUUAGGUGAUUUAGUCAGAAAGCCCCCAAAAAGUCCUUGAGAAAGCAAAGUUAUGUAUGAUAGCACCAUCUAGUGUUUAUUAGGAUUACUGCAACUUAGAACUAGACUCCUGUGGUUCUUUUGUGACAAAGACCCAAAUAAUAUCCAGGAUAUUAUCUUGGGAGUACAUUAUAUAUUUUUUUACUGUAAUAUUAUAUGUAAUUAAAUUAAUUCUGCAAAACACCUUCAUAAUGUUAGCUCUUCUGUACUUAGCCUUGCGGUCCGCUGAUCAGCCGACACUUCGAUCAGGCGGACCGCCACUCCCACGCAGCAUGAGGUUCUGGUCAGCCUCAUGGACGCUGCCUGCUGUGCUAUGCUAACCAUGCCUCCAAACAUAUAAAAUCUGAGUCUGCCCAAGGCACAGUGCUCAUUGUGGUUCCUAGUGUCACGAGUGUCUCAAUAGUGUCUUCUUUUGUCUGUUUUGUAUAAUUUUGGUAUUGACCCAGCUUGCUCUUGACUAUUCUGUUUUCUGGCUUCCUUGACUUGGCUUUGUUUCUCGUAUUGCAUAUUUCUGGCUUCCCUUGACCUUGAAUUGCUGUGACGUUCCUUGAAUUUAUAUUCUAUUAUCCGGCCAUUCUAAGGACCGGUUUAUGGACCUUCUAUCUGUCUCUGUUACUUCUAGUGGAUUCACAUUCUGCGUGCUGGGUUAUAGCGUUACACAUAAGACUUGUUACAGGAGUCUCCACUGGUGCUGGCAUUGCCAGGGCGUACCCACUGACAUAGCAUAAGUAUCCAAUUUUGUGUCUGGACCCAGGAGUUAAAAAUCAUUGAUUUAUAAAAUAAGAAAAAAGAAAUAUACAUAAGUCUAUUUAAAAGAUAUGCAACCAGAUCUUUGAACCAUCUCUUACUUCUGUUAUAUCAGAUAAAGUGGUAUUUCCCUGCAAACAAUCUGCUGGAUCUAUUUUAGCACUUAUAACUGAACAGUGAAUUGUUAGGACCUUAACAUUAGUUUAUAUUACCAUAUUUGUGAAGGAAUUCAUGUAAACACACAUUAAAGAUUUACGCAAUCACUCCCAGAAUACGGCCAUGAAAAAAAGAUACACGCCUACAUGUUUGCCAUUUCCAAAUUUAGAUAAAUAUAUAUUCAUUGUAACUGUCUUUUUCUACAUAUUGAAUUUAAAUUUGUAUAUGCACAUAAUGCAUUCAAUUCAGUUGCAUACAACAUGCACAGUACAUACAUUUAUUCACAACCAUUUCAGUAUCCUAGCCUUCCACUUAUCUCUCAGCUGCAAUUUAGCCACUAUGCUACAUAAUACCUCUAUCAGAGUUAUUUACUAAAAGGAGAAAUCAUUGUGAAUUCAAAGUGAAUUUUAAAUAUGAGGUCACCAAUAGCUGAACAGGAAAAAUGAUCUAAGUCAGCUAUACUUUCCAUUCAACUGCUCUGCCCUAAAAUAUAAAAUUAAUUUUGAUUUCUCACUAUUUCUGUAAGUACUCCCACGUUUUACCACCCAUUGCAUUUCAGUUUAUAAACACACACAAUUAUGUCUUGCACUACAACUCCCACUACUCCUGGGCAGCAGCAAUGACUAUAGUACUCAACAGGCCCAAUACAUACAAUCAAGACAAAAAUAAAAAAAAUACUUGUGCAUUAUCAAAAUCCCUAAUGCACAUUUAAUAACUAGAGGUUUUUUAUUGUCACUCGAAUGGCCAUUUAAGUGUAAGCUCACCUGCCACGUCAAGGCAAAACCUCUAAGGCAGGGGUUCUCAAACUCCGGCCCCCCAGAUGUUGCUGAACUACAACUCCCAUGAUUCUUUGAAUUACAUAGAUAGCCAGAGAAUCAUGGGAGUUGUAGUUCAGCAACAUCUGGGGGGGCCGGAGUUUGAGGACCCCUGCUCUAAGGUGAGUCCUACAAUAACAAUUCACUAACAAAACCCCUGUGUUAUGUUGUUCUUUACUCAUGAAUGAUGUACAUGUAACCAAUGGUUUAUAAAUCUGUUAUCUUUCAGCAUAUCUUUCAGAAUACAUGCAGAUUGCAUUAAGUCCAAUUUUCCAUUUGAAUCCAUUGCUGACUACAAGUGAGGUAAGUUUGAUGUAGUAAUGAUUGUUAGUAUAAUGUAGGUUUAUAGAUGGUUUUCCUGUGCGUUUUCCAACGCAACAAAAUCUCUAAAAUGAAAUGUUCCAGAUUCUGUUCAGAAUGCUACAUGUGUUACCAAUGUGAUCACAAACAGUGCAUUGUGGGAGUUCCCUAAACACUUGUGCAGCCUGAGUGUUUAGGGUACUGCGAGUCUACGAUCUCUCAUCCUGUCCAGCAGAACAAACCUUUUAAUUAUUUCUCACGCCAUUUUUAUAGUCAACUAUAGGUUAAUGUAGUAGUUCUGGUGUCUAUAGCCUGUUCCUGCAGGCUUUUUAAUGUAAAUGCUGACUAGUAACGCCUCUAGCGGUGGUCAAUCAGACAGCCACUAGAGGUGCUUCCUGGGUCAGUGCUGCACAAUGUGCAGCACUGACGUUCAGCUUCUACACCCUCUGCAUGGAGACACAGAUAGUGUUCCUUUAAGUGCUCAAUAGAUUCAAAACUUUUUGGUUUCUUAAUUCAAUUCUGAAUAGUAUCAAAUUGAAAUUCAAAUUAAAAGGUGUAAGUGACAAUACCCAAGUUGUGACAAUAAUUGAGUUAUAGAAUUUUUUCGAAAAUUUUUUUGCUUAACUUACAAUUUGGAUUUCGAUGUGCAACAAUCUUGAUUUUACUGAAUAAGUUAAUUACUGAAUAAGCCCUCAUAUGUUAAGUCUGUCAAUUCUCCUGCUUCUUUUUCCUAGCAACUGGGCUAUGCUAUGGCAUAGCAAUCAGGUAUCAACAUUGCUGCCCGGGUCCAGCAGUGCCAGCUGUUGCCAAAAACCCAAGCGGCAGACACAAAAUGUUUUCCAGGAAAACACGCUACGUACACAGAAAGGGUUAUUUUAUUUAGCAAAGUGAGAGUUAUUGGGAAUUCAAAGUGAAAUUAAAAUUGAAUUUGUUAUAGUGCCUUCACUCCUACGCCCCAAACCUUUUAAUUUAAUAAUUAGAUGGCUUGAAAGCAAGGCUUCAUGCCAUGCCUCCAAGCACUCUGGGUUACUUCUCGGCUCUUAUACCCUAACAUAUCGUGAUGUCACACGUGCAUGAACACGGCCAUGGAGAAGCAUUGUAUUUAUUGAUUCUCUAUGGCAGAAUCAUAGGCACAUUGCGGCAAGCUCCUCUAUGAGGAAUGUUAGAUUGAACCAUCAUCUAAAGACAAGGAGGAGGCCCCAUUCACACCCCUAAAAAUUAAGUUGCCCCUCUUUUUUUUUUUCAUUUUAAAUGUUGGGAGGUAUGAAUUAGGUACCAACAGCAAUGUGAUCGAGCUUCCUGUUGGCACGCAUUGUAGAGCCCUUCUAUUAAUAAAAGUAUUUUAUAGUUGUGGGCGGGUAAAAGAAAAACUUUGUGCUCUCUCUAACAGGUGAAGAAAAUUGCGGUCACGCACACCUUCCGGAUUGAUAAAGCUCGGAAGGAACUUGGUUUUAACCCAAAGAAAUUUUCCUUUGAAGACUCAGUUGACUAUUAUGUCCAAAGCAGGAGGAAGUCCUCCCAGAACAAGUUCAUCUACAGCAAAUUUAUAUUUGUCAUGUUAUGUUUCUUAAUGUGUAUGUGUUUUCCAUUCCUUCUAUAGGACUUUAACAUCUUAAAAACCAAAAAUGGGAAUUAGAUAUUUUAUUCGUUGUGUUAAAUUGAAAAUGAUUUCAUAAUUUGUUUGACAUUGUUUUGUUACUUGUUGUCGGGGCAGGAUUAAACAUUAGUGACCUUAGACGGUUACCUAGGACUCCAUUCACCACUGUGAAGAAUAAGGUGGGGACCCAAAAUGUCCUUGUGGAGUCUUAAUCUUUUUUUUUUUUUUUGUGGAUUAUAUUGCAAAAUACACAAUUUUAUAGCAAAGACAAAUUUGAAGCACUACCUUGAACAUUUCAGAUAUAUGAUGCAAAGGGCCUAAUGUCACAGUGAGCCAAUGACCUUCUUAGAAAAGAGUGCUCCACUGUAAGGCUUAUCAACAAAUGCAGAGCAUUCUCAGAUUAACCGUAGAAACACGGCAACAAGUUAAGUUUAAAAUAUGAAUUCUUAUUGAAAGGAAAAAGCUGUCAAAUUUUGGCCUAGGGAGCAGUGGUUUUCUCACAGAUCCCAGGAAAUAUCCCAGUUGCUGCAUGAUUGAGAGCAAUAUGUGA